AAGGAUAUAUCUAUUGGAAGAGGGGAACUUAAUGUGUGCCCCUUUUGGCACGACAGGUGGAGGACGAAAAGCAAUCAUGGAAAUAAGAACAAAUAUCAGAGAUAAAUUAUUAUUAUUAUUAUUAACGUCGUUAUGUGGUGUCUCGCUCUCGGGGUGGGGCACAGAGGCCUACCCAACAGGUGCCCCACCCUCAGCUUGCCUUGAUAUGAUACCUGUAGGACAUGGAGUCGACGGACAGACGACAACGAGUCCGUAUUCGAUCUCGGUGGAUAUGGCAUCGUAUUCACCAGGCGGAAUUGUAACAGUCCGGAUAACUGGAGAUCAAACGUUACGGGGUCUUCUCAUGCAAGCCAGACUGGUCGGAUCACCUGCAGCCGUUGGCACAUGGUCUGACUUCCCGGAUACAUUUCAAACGAACAACUUUUUAGCGACCGGAGAUUCGGUUACCCACACGGAGAGCUCGGAUAAGAAUCCGUCGGAUCUUACGUUUAUGUGGCAGGCACCAUCCGCCGGAGUUGGCGAUAUUCAGUUUGUUGGAACGUUUGUACAAGAACGGAGGAUAUUCUGGGUACAAGUCAAAUCGAGAACAUUGACGCAAAGAGUUAUGAAUCCAUGCAUGUCGGAGCCAUGUCAAAAUGGCGGACGAUGUUUUGCUCAGUCAGACAACACAGCCUAUAGAUGUAUUUGUCCGGGAAACGUUUUUGGUACAAAUUGUGAAGCGGUCCUGACGGUACAGCAAACAACGGUUGCCCCACCCACUGGCCCUUGUAUCCCAUCUCCAUGUCAGAAUGGUGGCCUGUGUUUUAUGAGUGGUGACGAUACAGAUUACACCUGUGCCUGUCCAACAGGAUUUUCUGGAAUGAACUGUGAAUUGUCAGCGCUUACUGCAGUGACUGCUGCUCCUACCGCCACUGGCCCUUGUAUCUCAUCUCCGUGUCAGAAUGGUGGCCUGUGUUUUAUGAGUGGUGAUGAUACUGAUUACACCUGCGCAUGUCCAACAGGAUUUUCUGGAAUGAACUGUGACUUGUCAGCGCUUACUGCAGUGACUGCUGCUCGUACCGCCACUGGCCCUUGUAUCUCAUCUCCAUGUCAGAAUGGUGGCAUGUGUUUUAUGAGUGGUGAUGAUACUGAUUACACCUGCGCAUGUCCAACAGGAUUUUCUGGAAUGAACUGUGACUUGUCAGCGCUUACUGCAGUGACUGCUGCUCCUACCGCCACUGGCCCUUGUAUCCCAACUCCAUGUCAGAAUGGUGGCCUCUGUUUUAUGAGUGGUGAUGAUACUGAUUACACCUGCGUAUGUCUAACAGGAUUUUCUGGAAUGAACUGUGAAUUGUCAGCGCUUACGGCAGUGACUGCUGCUCCUACCGCCACUGGCCCUUGUAUCCCAUCUCCAUGUCAGAAUGGUGGCCUGUGUUUUAUGAGUGGUGAUGAUACAGAUUACACCUGUGCCUGUCCAACAGGAUUUUUUGGAAUGAACUGUGAAUUGUCAGCGCUUACUGCAGUGACUGCUGCUCCUACCGCCACUGGCCCUUGUAUCUCAUCUCCAUGUCAGAAUGGUGGCCUGUGUUUUAUGAGUGGUGAUGAUACUGAUUACAACUGCGCCUGUCCACCAGGAUUUUCUGGAAUGAACUGUGAAUUGUCAGCGCUUACUGCAGUGACUGCUGCUCCUACCGCCACUGGCCCUUGUUUCCCAUCUCCAUGUCAGAAUGGUGGCCUGUGUUUUAUGAGUGGUGAUGAUACUGAUUACACCUGUGCCUGUCCAACAGGAUUUUCUGGAAUGAACUGUGAAUUGUCAGCGCUUACUGCAGUGACUGCUGCUCCUACCGCCACUGGCCCUUGUAUCUCAUCUCCGUGUCAGAAUGGUGGCAUGUGUUUUAUGAGUGGUGAUGAUACUGAUUACACCUGCGCAUGUCCAACAGGAUUUUCUGGAAUGAACUGUGACUUGUCAGCGCUUACUGCAGUGACUGCUGCUCCUACCGCCACUGGCCCUUGUAUCCCAACUCCAUGUCAGAAUGGUGGCCUCUGUUUUAUGAGUGGUGAUGAUACUGAUUACACCUGCGUAUGUCUAACAGGAUUUUCUGGAAUGAACUGUGAAUUGUCAGCGCUUACGGCAGUGACUGCUGCUCCUACCGCCACUGGCCCUUGUAUCUCAUCUCCAUGUCAGAAUGGUGGCCUGUGUUUUAUGAGUGGUGAUGAUACAGAUUACACCUGUGCCUGUCCAACAGGAUUUUUUGGAAUGAACUGUGAAUUGUCAGCGCUUACUGCAGUGACUGCUGCUCCUACCGCCACUGGCCCUUGUAUCUCAUCUCCGUGUCAGAAUGGUGGCAUGUGUUUUAUGAGUGGUGAUGAUACUGAUUACACCUGCGCAUGUCCAACAGGAUUUUCUGGAAUGAACUGUGACUUGUCAGCGCUUACUGCAGUGACUGCUGCUCCUACAGCCACUGGCCCUUGUAUCUCAUCUCCAUGUCAGAAUGGUGGCCUGUGUUUUAUGAGUGGUGAUGAUACAGAUUACACCUGUGCCUGUCCAACAGGAUUUUUUGGAAUGAACUGUGAAUUGUCAGCGCUUACUGCAGUGACUGCUGCUCCUACCGCACUGACUAACCCAUGCCUGUCGGAACCAUGUCAAAAUGACGGACAAUGUUUCUCUAAGUCGGACCACACAACUUAUACAUGUAUUUGUCCGGAAAACUUAUUUGGUAUAAAUUGUGAAGGAUUUGCGUCGGUACAGCAAACAACGGUUGCUCCAGCACCCAUGGGAUCUUGUACCUCGCUUCCUUGUCAGAAUGGUGGCCUGUGUUUUAUGAGUGGUGAUGAUACUGAUUACACCUGCGCAUGUCCAACGGGAUAUUUUGGAAUGAACUGUGAAUUGUCAGCGCUUACUGCAGUGACUGCUGCUCCUACCGCCACUGGCCCUUGUAUCUCAUCUCCAUGUCAGAAUGGUGGCCUCUGUUUUAUGAGUGGUGAUGAUACCGAUUACAACUGCGCCUGUCCACCAGGAUUUUCUGGAAUGAACUGUGAAUUGUCAGCGCUUACUGCAGUGACUGUUGCUCCUACCGCCACUGGCCCUUGUAUCCCAACUCCAUGUCAGAAUGGUGGCCUCUGUUUUAUGAGUGGUGAUGAUACUGAUUACACCUGCGUAUGUCUAACAGGAUUUUCUGGAAUGAACUGUGAAUUGUCAGCGCUUACGGCAGUGACUGCUGCUCCUACCGCCACUGGCCCUUGUAUCCCAACUCCAUGUCAGAAUGGUGGCCUGUGUUUUAUGAGUGGUGAUGAUACAGAUUACACCUGUGCCUGUCCAACAGGAUUUUUUGGAAUGAACUGUGAAUUGUCAGCGCUUACGGCAGUGACUGCUGCUCCUACCGCCACUGGCCCUUGUAUCCCAACUCCAUGUCAGAAUGGUGGCCUCUGUUUUAUGAGUGGUGAUGAUACUGAUUACACCUGCGUAUGUCUAACAGGAUUUUCUGGAAUGAAUUGUGAAUUGUCAGCGCUUACGGCAGUGACUGCUGCUCCUACCGCCACUGGCCCUUGUAUCUCAUCUCCGUGUCAGAAUGGUGGCAUGUGUUUUAUGAGUGGUGAUGAUACUGAUUACACCUGCGCAUGUCCAACAGGAUUUUCUGGAAUGCACUGUGACUUGUCAGCGCUUACUGCUGUGACUGCUGCUCCUACCGCCACUGGCCCUUGUAUCCCAACUCCAUGUCAAAAUGGUGGCCUCUGUUUUAUGAGUGGUGAUGAUACUGAUUACACCUGCGUAUGUCUAACAGGAUUUUCUGGAAUGAACUGUGAAUUGUCAGCGCUUACGGCAGUGACUGCUGCUCCUACCGCCACUGGCCCUUGUAUCUCAUCUCCAUGUCAGAAUGGUGGCCUGUGUUUUAUGAGUGGUGAUGAUACAGAUUACACCUGUGCCUGUCCAACAGGAUUUUUUGGAAUGAACUGUGAAUUGUCAGCGCUUACUGCAGUGACUGCUGCUCCUACCGCCACUGGUCCUUGUAUCUCAUCUCCAUGUCAGAAUGGUGGCCUGUGUUUUAUGAGUGGUGACGAUACUGCUUACACCUGCGCAUGUCCAACAGGAUUUUUUGGAAUGAACUGUGAAUUGUCAGCGUUUACUGCAGUGACUGCUGCUCCUACCGCCACUGGCCCUUGUAUCCCAACUCCAUGUCAGAAUGGUGGCCUCUGUUUUAUGAGUGGUGAUGAUACUGAUUACACCUGCGUAUGUCUAACAGGAUUUUUUGGAAUGAACUGUGAAUUGUCGGCGCUUACUGCAGUGACUGCUGCUCCUACCGCCACUGGCCCUUGUAUCUCAUCUCCAUGUCAGAAUGGUGGCCUGUGUUUUAUGAGUGGUGAUGAUACUGAUUACGCCUGCGUCUGUCCAACAGGAUUUUCUGGAAUGAACUGUGAAUUGUCAGCGCUUACUGAAGUGACUGCUGCUCCUACCGCCACUGGCCCUUGUAUCUCAUCUCCGUGUCAGAAUGGUGGCAUGUGUUUUAUGAGUAGUGAUGAUACCGAUUACACCUGCCUUUGUCCAGUUGAAUUUUCUGGAAUGAACUGUGAAUUAUCUACAUCGACUACUGCUGCUCCUACCGUUAUGAAUCCAUGCAUGUCGGAGCCAUGUCAAAAUGGCGGACAGUGUUUUGCUCAGUCAGACAACACAGCCUAUAGAUGUAUUUGUCCGGGAAACUUUUUUGGUACAAAUUGUGAGGCGGUCCUGACGGUACAGCAAACAACGGUUGCCCCUCCCACAGGCUCUUGUACAUCGCUCCCAUGUCAGAAUGGUGGCAGAUGUUUUAUGAGUGGUGAUGAUACUGAUUACACCUGCGUCUGUCCACCGGGAUUUUCUGGAAUGAACUGUGAAUUAGCGACUACUGAUGCUCCUACCGUUGUUAACCCGUGUAUGAGUGAGCCGUGCCAGAACGGAGCUGCAUGUUACUCAGCAGCCGAUAGUUCCUCAUUUACCUGUCUGUGCGUGGCUCACUUUGUAGGUGUGCUCUGUGAAACGGCAACACAAAUAGCUUCACCUUGCGAUUCAGCCCCAUGUCAAAAUGGGGGUGAAUGCUUCAUGUCUGCAGACGAAUCUGGAUAUUUCUGUGCGUGUCCUAUGGGUUACACGGGAGAUAAUUGCGAAGCAGUAAUCGACACGUGUGGCAGCUUGCCAUGUGAAAACGGUGGUACAUGUUUCGGCUCGUUGGAUGGCAUCUCAUACUUCUGUCAGUGUUCCCAAGACUUCUCUGGAUCGAAUUGUCAAACCUCUAUUCCGAUGGCAUCUGUUUGUGACUCUGCACCAUGUGAGAACGGAGGUGCUUGCUUUACGUCUGCUGAUGGUAAUAGUUACGUGUGUUCAUGUCAAUCUGGAUUCUCUGGAACAAACUGUGAAACAGUGGAUAGCCCAUGUGCUAACAAUCCAUGCUUGAACGAAGGGACCUGUUUCCGAAGCUUUUCAAACACCGACACCUAUUUCUGUGUAUGCCCGACUGGAUUUGGAGGAACCGAUUGUGGAGCCAUACAACAAGUUGACCCAUGUGAGUCCAGUCCCUGUCAAAAUGGAGCUACUUGCAGUCUGGAUGGUGUACAAUACCAGUGUAUUUGUGCUCUAGGAUUUACAGGCACUAAUUGCGAGCUUGAUAUAACUGAUUGCUCAGGAGCUCCGUGCCAGAACACUGCUAUAUGUCUUGAUCUACCAAUUGGCUUUGUUUGUAUCUGUGAAUCUCAGUUUUCUGGACAAUACUGCCAAGUUCUAACACCCUGCAAUGCAGACCCAUGCCUAAAUGGAGCCACAUGCUUUCAACAGGAUAAUUCAGGAAAUUAUCUAUGUGUCUGCCCUACCGGAGUAACUGGCACAAACUGUGAAUCAAGUAUACCCGCAGCUUGUAGCAGUAACCCUUGCCGUAAUGAAGGUGUCUGCUUUGAGUCCCAGAGCAGUGGGUACUUCUGCUCCUGCCCCAUGGGCUGGGAAGGGACCAAUUGUGAGAUGCCCUCUGACCUUUGUGACGAAGCCCCCUGUCAGAACGGCGCAGUCUGUAUUAACAUGCAGACAUCUUACAUGUGCCAAUGUGCUGCUGGAUUCGGAGGGGACAACUGUGAAACUGUCCUUCAAGCCUGUGCUAGCAGCCCAUGCCAGAAUGAUGCUAUUUGCUUUGAUGGUUUGAACGGUGGAUAUGUAUGUCGGUGUCUUGUUGGAUAUGAAGGAGCUAACUGUGAGACAGAAAUCAAUGCCUGUAACAGCAGUCCAUGUCAGAAUGGAGCAAUCUGCUUUGAAGGUGCCUAUGUGAAUGAGUUUGUCUGUAUAUGUCCCGUUGGAUGGGAAGGAACCGUCUGUGAUACACCUGUGGACCUCUGUGACCCCUCACAAUGCCAGAAUGGAGCUACCUGUACCAACAUGCAGACAUCAUACACCUGUGAAUGCCCUGCAGGAUUUACAGGACAGAAUUGCGAAGAUGUGGAAUCACCAUGCAAUGCUGAGCCGUGUCAGAAUGAUGCUGCUUGUUUUGUCAGCGCCGAAUCUACAUCAUACCUGUGUCUCUGCAUGCCUGGCUGGGAAGGUGAAGACUGCGAUAUGGCUAUAGAUGCUUGUGAUCCAAACCCAUGUUUCAAUGGUGCUACCUGUAACGACCUUCAAUCAUCCUUUACGUGUACAUGCCCUGAUGGUUUCGGAGGGGCAAGUUGUGAAACAGUCCUGGUAGCAUGUGCAACCAACCCAUGUGAGAACGGUGCAACAUGCUUUGAGAGUGGCCAGUCUAGUGGAGGUUUCUUCUGUCUAUGUGAAGCCGGAUGGGAAGGAUCUAUGUGUGAAGUAGCCAUAGAUGCAUGUGCGUCUUCCCCAUGUAUGAAUGAAGCUACAUGUAAUAACCUUCAGACAUCAUACAACUGCUUGUGUGCUGAUGGAUUUGAAGGAAUGAUGUGUGAAACAGCAAUAAGUGGAUGCACGAACAACCCAUGUCAGAAUGAAGCCACUUGCUUCGUGUCGGGCAGUGGUAGUCAAGCUUACAUAUGCCUCUGCGAACCAGGAUGGGAAGGAGUGGAUUGUAGUCAGGCUUCUAACCCAUGUCAACCUAUAAAUCCAUGUAUGAACGGAGCUACCUGUGUCAACCAACAGACUUCAUUCUUCUGUCAGUGUCCAGAUGGAUUUACUGGAUCUAUGUGUGAAACAGCAUUGGAGUCCUGUUCCAGCAUGCCGUGUGAGAAUGGAGCAGUUUGUUUUGAGGCAUCUAACAACAAUGGCUUUUUCUGUCAGUGUCCAACUGGAUUUACUGGAACUAACUGUGAAAAUGUCCAAAUGGCGUGCGACCUCCAACCCUGUCAGAAUGGAGCGGAUUGUUUCCAGCAGGAGACAAACGAGUCUGGGUAUUACUGCCUCUGUCCUGAUGGAUUCCAAGGAGAUAACUGUGAGGUCGCUCUAACACCAUGCAAUCCUGAUCCUUGUCGUAAUGGUGCUGCCUGUGUGGAAGAUGGAACACAGUUCAUGUGUCUCUGCCGCUUAGGCUUCUCUGGAGAUCUCUGUGAAAACGUUAUUGGAGCCUGCAUGAGUGAGCCCUGUCUGAAUGGAGCUGUUUGCUUUGAGGAUGUCAAUGGCGAAAACUUCUUCUGUAGCUGUACAGCUGAUUGGCAAGGGCCUACCUGUGCUGAACCUCUGCAGAAUAAUUGUGAUCCUAACCCCUGCAUGAAUGGAGGAACUUGUACCAGCCAUCUGAAUACAUUCCAGUGUGCUUGUCCAGAGGGAUUCGCUGGUGCUCUGUGUCAGCUAGUUACCACAACUGGAUGUACUGUUGACCCGUGCUUGAAUGGAGGUAUAUGCUUUGCAGGCGAAGAUGACUUUACAAGCUAUUUCUGUCAAUGUCAAAUAGGUUACACAGGAGAUCGUUGCCAAACAGAAUUUUUCCCAUGUGAUAGUAGCCCAUGCCAGAAUGGAGGUACAUGCUUUGAACAUCUCAGCCUGGACAAUUAUGUAUGUCUAUGUGCAUCAGGUUAUGAUGGCAAAAAUUGCGAAAAUGAAGUCUUUCCCUGUGCCAGCAACCCUUGUAUGAAUGGAGCAAGCUGUUAUGAGCACUCAACUGGAAGCAGUUUUGUUUGCCAGUGCCUACCUGGUUUUGAGGGCUUACGCUGUGAAAAUGAAAUCCUGCCUUGUGCCAGCAACCCUUGUCAGAAUGGAGCCACAUGCUUCGAGCAUGCCAAUGGUGGUACCUAUGUUUGCCUGUGUGUAGCAGGAUUUGAAGGAAUCGAUUGUGAAGCUGAAAUCAUCUCGUGUGCAAGUGAUCCAUGCUUCAAUGAAGCAACAUGUUUAGAACUAAGCAAUGGUGAAGGUCAUAUCUGUAUCUGUGUACCCGGCUUUGAGGGUGUCACUUGCGCAUCAGAAACACCGGCAUGUUCCAGCAGUCCAUGUCAGAAUGGAGCUACAUGUUUUGAUCAAAACAGUGGCAAUGGGUAUGCCUGCCUUUGUGCUGCUGGCUUUGAGGGAACAAACUGUGAACAGGAAAUUAUGGGAUGUAACAGUAACCCAUGUCAGAAUGGAGCAGCCUGUUAUGAUCAGAAUGGUGGUGGCAAUUACGUCUGUCUUUGUGCUGAUGGCUUUGCAGGCACAAAUUGUGCAAAUGAAAUCCUUGGAUGUGGUAGCAAUCCAUGUAUGAACGGUGCAUCCUGCUUUGACCUCAGUGAUGGCAGUGGUUAUGCCUGUGCCUGUACUAAUGGAUUUGAAGGAACAAACUGUGAAAAUGAAAUCCUAGCCUGUGCCAGCAAUCCUUGUCUGAAUGGAGCGACGUGUUUCGAUAGCAAUGGAGGCAGUGGUUAUGCCUGUUUCUGUCCUGCUGGCUUUGAAGGAACAAACUGUGAAAAUGAAAUCCUUGCCUGUGUUAGCAAUCCUUGUCUGAAUGGAGCAACCUGUUUUGAUAGCAAUGGUGGGAGCAGUUAUGUCUGUUUCUGUCCUGCUGGCUUUGAAGGAACAAACUGUGAAAAUGAACUCCUUGCCUGUGCCAGCAAUCCUUGUCUGAAUGGAGCUACCUGUUUUGAUCACAAUGGUGGCAGUGGUUAUGCCUGUCUCUGUCCUGCUGGCUUUGAAGGAACAAACUGUGAAAAUGAAAUCCUUGCCUGUGCCAGCAAUCCUUGUCUGAAUGGAGCAACCUGUUUUGAUAGCAAUGGAGGCAGUGGCUAUGCCUGUCUCUGUCCUGCUGGCUUUGAAGGAACAAACUGCGAAAACGAAAUCCUAGCCUGUGCCAGCAAUCCUUGUCUUAAUGGAGCAACGUGUUUCGAUAGCAAUGGUGGAAGUAGUUAUGCCUGUCUCUGUCCAGCUGGCUUUGAAGGAGCAAACUGUGAAAAUGAAAUUCUGGCAUGUGCCUGCAAUCCCUGCAUGAAUGGAGCAACAUGUUUCGAUAGCAAUGGAGGCAGUAGCUAUGCCUGUCUCUGCCCUGCUGGCUUUGAAGGAACAAACUGCGAAAAUGAAAUCCUAGCCUGUGCCAGCAAUCCUUGUCUGAAUGGAGCAACCUGUUUUGAUAGCAAUGGAGGCAGUAGCUAUGUCUGUCUCUGUCCUGCUGGCUUUGAAGGAACGAACUGUGAAAAUGUUGCUGCAGCAUGUGCUAGCAAUCCUUGUUUAGAAGGAGCAACGUGUGUGGAGGAUACAGGAGACAAAACAUACUCCUGCAUAUGUCCUGAUGGAUUCCAAGGAACAAACUGUGAAUCAGAAAUCAUCCCUGCAUGUGAAAGCAAUCCUUGUCUAAACGGAGCAACCUGUUUUGAUAGCAAUGGAGGCAGUGGAUAUGCAUGUCUAUGUCCUGCUGGCUUUGAAGGAACAAAUUGUGAAAAUGAAAUCCUUGCUUGUGCCAGCAAUCCUUGUCUGAAUGGAGCGACCUGUUUUGAUCACAAUGGAGGCAGUGGUUAUGCCUGUCUUUGUCCUGCUGGCUUUGAAGGAACAAAUUGUGAAAAUGAAAUCCUAGCCUGUGCCAGCAGUCCUUGUCUGAAUGGAGCAACCUGUUUUGAUAGCAAUGGUGGCAGUGGUCACGUCUGUCUUUGUUCUGCUGGCUUUGAAGGAACAAAUUGUGAAAAUGAAAUCCUUGCCUGUGCCAGCAGUCCUUGUCUGAAUGGAGCUACCUGUUUUGAUCACAAUGGAGGCAGUGGUUAUGCCUGUCUCUGUCCUGCUGGCUUUGAAGGAACCAACUGUGAAAAUGAAAUUGUAGCAUGUGCCAGCAAUCCAUGUUUGAAUGGAGCUACCUGUUUUGAUAGCAAUGGAGGCAGUGGUUAUGCCUGUCUUUGUCCUGCUGGCUUUGAAGGAACACAUUGUGAAAAUGACAUCCUUGCCUGUGCCAGCAAUCCUUGUCUGAAUGGAGCUACCUGUUUUGAUCACAAUGGUGGCAGUGGUUAUGUCUGUCUCUGCCCUGCUGGUUUUGAAGGAACAAACUGUGAAAAUGACAUCCUUGCUUGUGCCAGCAGUCCUUGUCUGAAUGGAGCUACCUGUUUUGACAGCAAUGGAGGCAGUAGUUAUGUCUGUCUGUGUCCGGCUCGAUUUGAAGGAACAAUCUGUGAAAAUGAAAUCCUUGCUUGUGCCAGCAGUCCUUGUCUGAAUAGAGCAACCUGUUUUGACAGCAAUGGAGGCAGUAGUUAUGUCUGUCUGUGUCCGGCUCGAUUUGAAGGAACAAUCUGUGAAAAUGAAAUCCUUGCUUGUGCUAGCAGUCCUUGUCUGAAUGGAGCAACCUGUUUUGACAGCAAUGGAGGCAGUAGUUAUGUCUGUCUGUGUCCGGCUCGAUUUGAAGGAACAAUCUGUGAAAAUGAAAUCCUUGCUUGUGCUAGCAGUCCUUGUCUGAAUGGAGCAACCUGUUUUGACAGCAAUGGAGGCAGUGGUUAUAUCUGUCUCUGUCCUGCUGGCUUUGAAGGAACACAUUGUGAAAAUGACAUCUUUGCCUGUGCCAGCAAUCCUUGUCUGAAUGGAGCUACCUGUUUUGAUCACAAUGGUGACAGUGGUUAUGCCUGUCUCUGCCCUGCUGGUUUUGAAGGAACAAACUGUGAAAAUGAAAUCCUUGCUUGUGCUAGCAGUCCUUGUCUGAAUGGAGCAACCUGUUUUGACAGCAAUGGAGGCAGUAGUUAUGUCUGUCUGUGUCCGGCUCGAUUUGAAGGAACAAACUGUGAAAAUGAGAUGCAGCCGUGUGAAAGCAAUCCUUGUCUGAAUGGAGCAACCUGCUUUACUCAGCCUAUGGGUACCAGCUAUUCGUGUCUAUGUCCAAUGGGAUUCGAAGGAACCAACUGUGAAAUUGAAAUCCAACCAUGUGCCAGCAACCCAUGUCAAAAUGGUGCAACAUGCCUCACACAAUCUAGUGGAUCUACCUAUACCUGUCUCUGCCCUUCUAGAUUUGAAGGACUAAACUGUGAAACUGAGAUUCAACCAUGUAUAAGCAGUCCUUGUCUGAAUGGAGCAACUUGCUUUGAAUCAGAUGGGGCAAGUUUUACUUGUCUCUGUCCUGCUGGUUUUGAAGGAACAAACUGUGAAAUUGAGCUUUCAGUCUGUGACAGCAGCCCAUGUGUCAACAAUGGUACAUGCUUUACACAUAGCAAUGGAGAGGCUUAUACAUGUGUUUGCCCAACUGGAUUUGAAGGAAAUAACUGUGAAAACAUUUCAGCAAUGCCUGCUUGUGACAGCAACCCUUGCCUAAAUGGAGCUACCUGCAUGGAUCGUGAGGAAUUCUCUGCUUACGGUUGUAUUUGUCCAGCUGGCUAUGAAGGCACUAACUGUGAAAAUGAAAUCCUAGCCUGUGCCAGCAAUCCUUGUCUGAAUGGAGCAACCUGUUUUGAUAACAAUGGUGGCAGUAGCUAUGUCUGUCUCUGUCCUGCUGGCUUUGAAGGAACAAAUUGUGAAAAUGAAACUCUUCCAUGCGCCAGCAAUCCUUGUCUAAAUGGAGCAUCCUGUUUUGAUAGCAAUGGAGGCAGUAGCUAUGUCUGUCUCUGUCCUGCUGGCUUUGAAGGAACAAAGUGUGAAAAUGAAAUCCUAGCCUGUGCCAGCAAUCCUUGUCUGAAUGGCGCAACCUGUUUUGAUAGCAAUGGAGGCAGUAGCUAUGUCUGUCUCUGUUCUGCUGGCUUUGAAGGAUCAAACUGUGAAAAUGAAAUCCUUGCCUGUGCCAGCAAUCCUUGUCUGAAUGGCGCAACCUGUUUUGAUAGCAAUGGAGGCAGUAGCUAUGUCUGCCUCUGUCCUGCUGGCUUUGAAGGAACAAACUGUGAAAAUGAAACCCUAGCCUGUGCUAGCAAUCCUUGUCUGAAUGGCGCAACCUGUUUUGAUAGCAAUGGAGGCAGUAGCUAUGUCUGUCUCUGUCCUGCUGGCUUUGAAGGAUCAAACUGUGAAAAUGAAAUCCUAGCCUGUGCCAGCAAUCCUUGUCUGAAUGGAGCAACCUGUUUUGAUAACAAUGGAGGCAGUAGCUAUGUCUGUCUCUGUUCUGCUGGCUUUGAAGGAUCAAACUGUGAAAAUGAAAUUCUAGCGUGUGCCAACAAUCCUUGUCUGAAUGGAGCAACCUGUUUUGAUAGCAAUGGUGGCAGUAGUUAUGUCUGUCUCUGUCCUGCUGGCUUUGAAGGAACGAACUGUGAAAAUGAAACUCUUUCAUGUGCCAGCAAUCCUUGUCUGAAUGGAGCAACCUGUUUUGAUAGCAAUGGUGGCAGUAGCUAUGCCUGUCUCUGUCCUGCUGGCUUUGAAGGAGCAAACUGUGAAAAUGAAACUAAUGCCUGUGUCAGUGCUCCAUGUCAGAAUGAUGCUGUAUGCUUCAAUACUGCAUUAGGAGGUUACAUAUGCAUAUGUGCCGAAGGAUAUGAUGGAAUUAACUGUGAAACAGAAACUCUUUCAUGUGCCAGCGACCCUUGUCUGAAUGGAGCAACAUGUUUUGAUAGCAAUGGAGGCAGUAGCUAUGUCUGUCUCUGUCCUGCUGGCUUUGAAGGAACGAACUGUGAAAAUGAAACUCUUUCAUGUGCCAGCGACCCUUGUCUAAAUGGAGCAACCUGUUUUGAUAGCAAUGGUGGCAGUAGCUAUGUCUGUCUCUGUCCUGCUGGCUUUGAAGGAACAAACUGUGAAAAUGAAAUCCUAGUCUGUGCCAGCAAUCCUUGUCUGAAUGGAGCAACCUGUUUCGAUAGCAAUGGAGGCAGUGGUUAUACUUGUCUCUGUCCUACUGGCUUUGAAGGAACAAACUGUGAAAAUGUAAUGCUUGCUUGUGCCAGCAGUCCUUGUCUGAAUGGAGCAUCCUGUUUCGAUAGCAAUGGUGGCAGUAGCUAUGCCUGUCUCUGUCCUGCUGGCUUUGAAGGAACAAACUGUGAAAAUGAGAUACUCUCCUGCAGCAGUACCCCUUGUCUGAAUGGAGCAACCUGUUUUGAUAGCAAUGGUGGCAGUGGUUAUGUCUGCCUUUGUCCUGUUGGCUUUGAAGGAACUGAUUGCGAGAAUGAAAUUCUUGGCUGCUCAAGCAGUCCUUGCCAGAAUGGAGCAACAUGUUUCGAUCAUAAUGGAAGUGAGAGCUAUAUCUGUAUUUGUCCGACUGGCUUUGAAGGAACAAACUGUGAAAUUGAGAGUCUCGUCUGUACUGGCAAUCCAUGUGAGAAUGGUGCAACCUGUUAUGAGCAGAAUGGCAACUUUGGCUAUUUAUGCCUUUGUCCAGCAGGCUAUGAAGGCACUAAUUGUGAAACUGUUAUAUCUGCAUGUGGGAGCAACCCCUGUUUGAAUGGAGCUACAUGCUUCAAUGGACCACAAGGGGGCUACAUGUGUGCCUGUGCUAUGGGAUUUGAAGGAGAUGACUGUGAAUCAGAAAUGCCAGUCUGUGAUAGCAAUCCCUGUCAGAAUGGAGCCACUUGCUUUGAGGGAGCUCAAGGGAACUACUUUUGCUUCUGCCCAGCAGGAUUUGAAGGACUCAAUUGUGAAUUAGAACUUGGUCCAUGUCAGAGUAAUCCUUGCCAAAAUGAAGCUACGUGUUUCAAUGGAGCUUCAAGCGGAUAUCUUUGCCUUUGUGCAGAUGGAUUUGAAGGAGUAAAUUGUGAGACAGAAACUAAUGCCUGUGCCAGUACUCCAUGUCAGAAUGAUGCUGUAUGCUUCAAUGCUGCAUUAGGAGGUUACAUAUGCAUAUGUGCCGAAGGAUAUGAAGGAAUUAACUGUGAAACAGGAUUUAAUUGCAUUGAAAAUUUCAAUGUUGAGUCAUUUGGAGAAUCAAAGAAAUCUGUUUUCGUUUACAAUGUUUGGACUCUUGUUUCAUUCAUACUAGAAAUCAUUCUAUGUGCUAGUAGCCCAUGCCUCAGUGGAAGUACCUGUAUAGAGGGGUCUGGACAAUAUGUCUGCCUCUGUGCACCUGGUUACGAAGGUACCAACUGUGAAACUGAAAUCCAAGAGUGCAUCUCGAACCCUUGUCAAAAUGGAGCAACAUGCGUCGACUUGUUUGAUGGCUAUGUGUGUAGUUGUGCACCAGGUUGGAUUGGAAAUGACUGUGUUAUCGAGAUACAAGAAUGCUUAAGUAAUCCAUGCUUGAAUGGAGCAAUAUGCGCAGAAAUGGUGGAUGGCUAUGGCUGUAUCUGCUUUGUUGGGUGGACAGGGGACGACUGCGGAACUGAAGUCCUAGAAUGUCUCAGUGAUCCUUGCAUGAAUGGAGGAACAUGCAUAGAGAAUGUGAAUGGGUACCAGUGCAGGUGUGCUCCUGGAUGGUCAGGCACACACUGUGAGACUGAUAUCAUGGAGUGUCUAAGCAUACCGUGCCUGAAUGGUGGAACAUGUACUGACCUCAUCAAUGGGUUCAUGUGUCAAUGUGCCAGUGGUUGGACUGGUCCCACUUGUAAUGAGGACAUAGCUGAAUGUGCCAGUAACCCAUGUGCUAAUGGUGCCACUUGCCGCGAACUGACUAACGAAUACAGCUGCCAGUGUGGGCCAGGAUGGACUGGAACUUUUUGUGAAAUUGAAAUCCAGGAAUGUUCGAGCCAGCCAUGCCAAAACGAUGGAACCUGUAUUGACUUGAUCAAUGCCUAUGUGUGCAUCUGUGCUCCUGGCUGGACGGGGAAUGAAUGCCAGAAUGACAUCUUUGAAUGCUCCAGUGACCCAUGCUUAAAUGGAGCAAAUUGUAUAGAGCUCAUUGAUGGCUACCAGUGCGAGUGUACAGCUCAAUUUGAAGGAGUCAACUGCGAAUCGGCAAUUCUUUCCUGUGAGAGCGAUCCUUGCCAGAAUGGAGCAACGUGCUUUGAACAUAUUUCAGAGAAUAGAUAUUUCUGUGUGUGUCCAGAAGGCUUUACAGGGACAGACUGUGAAUUGGAUAUUAUGUCAUGCACCAGCCAACCGUGCCUCAACAAUGGAACCUGCCUGGAGCAAAAUGGCGGCAAUGAGUUUGUGUGUCUCUGUACUCCCGGAUAUACUGGCAGGCAAUGUGAAAUAGACCUGAGAACUUGCCUUACAAGUCCAUGUCUAAACAAUGCAACGUGCUUCGAAGGAUUCCAGGAGGGAACUUAUUUUUGCUUUUGUGUGGACGGCUAUAGUGGAACCAUCUGUGAAACAGACAUCGCCAUACCUGCAAUCUUUGGAUGCCCUCCAAACAUCACAACUGGCAAUAACCCUGGCUCCCCUUCUGCUAUUGUCUCAUGGUCUGAACCCACCUCAUCUGACAACUCUGGGUCUGUGACACUCUCAACGGAUGCUAUCAAUAAUGCAUUAUAUCCCAUCGGGGUAACUGAGGUCACCUAUGUCGCAACAGAUGACGCAGGCAACAACGCAUUCUGCACAUUCUAUAUUACUGUCCAAGAUCUGAUGCCUCCUUUAAUCAUUGGAUGCCCAACCAAUAUAAACCUCAAUACUGAUGCUGGAUCUGCAUUUGCCACUGUUAGUUGGCCAGAGCCUACCAUCUCGGAUAACUCUGGAGUAGUGAAUCUAGUGUCUGCUCCUGUGAAUGGGGACCUGUAUCCCAUAGGAGUGUCCACAGUGACAUACAUAGCCCAGGAUUUAGCCAACAAUGUAGCCACAUGCACUUUCCCCAUUACUGUAAUAGACAAUGAGAGUCCAUCCUUCAUCUUCUGUCCUGGAAACAUCAUCGCCAAUACAGACUUGAGACUUCCCACUGCUACAGUGGCUUGGACAACACCUAUUGCAGAGGACAAUUCUGGCAAUCCUGUUAGCCUCAGCACCGACUCUACCAGUGGUUCGUCGUAUGACAUUGGAGAGUCAACAGUAGUUUACCUUGCUGUAGACCAAUCAGGCAACAUAGUCGAGUGUACUUUCUCUGUUACAGUCAUCGAUACCGAGGACCCAGUCUUUGCUAUGUGCCCUACCGAUGUAACUGUACAGACUGCACCAGGUGGUCUUUCAGCCAUUGCCCUGUGGACUCCACCGUCCUCAACAGACAACAGUGGCAGUGUCACUGUGCAGCAGACAGCUGGCCCUACUCCAGGAGCUGACUUCCCUAUAGGUUCAACUGGAAUUGUUCAUGUUGCAAGAGACGAAGCAGGGAAUGACAUGUCUUGUGCCUUCGCAGUCAUUGUAAUUGGCAUCUCCGAUCCAUGUGAAUCCAGUGUUUGUCAAAGUAACGCUACCUGCCGUGCACUCAAUGGUACUGCCUACACAUGUGUCUGUCUACCCGGAUUUACUGGGGACUUCUGUGAAAUUGAAAUUAACUUGUGUGCUUCUGACCCAUGUCAGAAUAAUGCAAGCUGUACCAACCACAGGACUUCUUACUCCUGCGAUUGCCCUAUGGGAAUCAUGGGCCAGAACUGUGAACAAGAUAUCGAUGAGUGCACCAUGGACAUUUGUCAGAAUAAUGCUACUUGCACAAACACAUUGGGAGGCUUCGAUUGUGAAUGCCUUGAUGGAUAUAUAGGAUUGAGAUGUCAAAUUCCAUUCAGUGCAUGUGACUCAGAUCCUUGCUACAAUGGAGGGUUGUGCAGUGGAAAUUCAACCCACUUUGAAUGCCAGUGUCCAAUAGCCUGGACAGGCUUUGAUUGCAGAACAGAAAAGGAUGCUUGUAUUGGAGACCCCUGUCGUAAUGGAGCAACCUGUUCAAACCAGUUUGACUAUGUGGUGUGUACCUGCUCGCCAGGAUGGACAGGAGACAUAUGUCAUAUCGAUAUCAAUGAAUGUGAAAGCAACCCUUGCUUGAAUAAUGGAAUCUGUGUGAACCAACUCAAUGGCUUUGCUUGCAAUUGUUUUGGAGGAUGGACAGGCGAUAUUUGUGAAAUGGACAUCGAUGAGUGUGACAGCAAUCCAUGUUCUGCAAAUGCAACCUGCCAGAACCUGCUUGGAUCAUACGACUGCUUGUGCCCUACUGGUUACGCAGGAGAUAACUGCAAUAUUGAUACUGAUAAAUGCACCCCGAACCCCUGUCAGAAUGGAGCCACUUGUACUAAUCUCGAUGGGACCUACCAGUGUACAUGCCCUCCCGGCUUCAGUGGAACCAACUGUGACAAUGAUGUUGAUGAUUGUGUUGGGAACCUGUGCCUGAAUGGAGCAACAUGUAUUGAUAUGUUCAACAGUUAUCGAUGUGAAUGCCCUAUUUCACAUGCUGGCAACUUCUGUGAGAUCGCACUAAAUCCUUGCGAAUCGGAUCCUUGUGCGUUUGGAAGUACUUGCAGCAACUUGUUUACCUCUUACAUUUGCAUCUGUUCUAAUGGGUACUCUGGUAUCAACUGUGGACAAGAGGUGCUUGAAUGUUCCAGUAACCCAUGUAUGAAUGGAGGCACAUGCAUAGAUCUGAUUGGGGAGUUCUCAUGCUCCUGUGAUUCUGGAUGGACAGGAGAGUUCUGCGAGAUAAAUAUUGAUGAGUGUGCAAGUGACCCUUGUCUUAAUGGAGCAAAUUGUAUCGACAUUGUAGAUGGGUACACUUGUGAUUGUGCCCUUGGCUAUGAAGGCACUCUCUGUGAAACAGAAAUUCUGGAGUGUGCUAGCAAUCCGUGCUUCAACGAGGCUACUUGUAUUGAUAACAUCGGUUUCUAUCAAUGCCUUUGUCCGUCUGGAUGGACUGGAGUACACUGUGAAACAGAACUCAAUGAGUGCAACAGCAUGCCAUGCCAGAACGGAGGACAGUGUUUAGAUGAAAUCAACGGCUUCCGCUGUAUCUGUGAAACUGGAUGGACAGGCGUGACUUGUGAGAUGGAAAUUGGUGAAUGUGGAAGUGAUCCUUGCCAGAAUGGUGCUAAUUGCAUGGACUUUGUGAAUGGAUUCUUCUGUCAAUGUCAAGCAGGAUGGGAAGGAGAUUUAUGUGAAAUUGACAUCAACGAAUGUGAUCGAGAUCCAUGUUUGAAUGGAGCAAUAUGUGUAGAUCUUCUGGCUCAAUUCCAAUGCUUCUGUCCUCAAGGCUUUGCUGGUGUCCUCUGUGAAACUGGUAAAAAAUACAAUGGUUUUCAACCAGAAACCAUUCGGUUUUGUCAUAUUCUUAUUACAGACCUUGAUGAGUGUUUAGUCGACUAUUGUUUGAAUGGAGCAACAUGUGUUAACAACCCAGGUUUCUACGAGUGUGUCUGCUCGGCAGGAUAUGAAGGAACAAACUGCGAAUCUGACAUCAACGAAUGUGCCAGCAAUCCUUGUCUGAAUGGUGCAACUUGUUUAGAUAAUCUACUUGGCUAUGAAUGCAUAUGUGCUCCAGGAUGGAAUGGAACUAAUUGUGAACAAGAAGUGAUAUUCUGCACCAAUGCAACUUGUCUAAAUGGUGCAACCUGUGUAGAAGUAUUUCCAAGCUUUCAAUGUGUAUGUGCAGAUGGAUGGACAGGCGAGAAUUGUGAAAUUGAUAUUCUGGAAUGUGAGAGCAACCCAUGUCAGAAUAGUGCCUUGUGUCUGGAGCUUACAGACGGCUAUGAAUGUCAGUGCCCCCCUGGAUGGACUGGCACAAACUGUGAACUUGACAUCGAUGAAUGCGCUGAUGACGUCUGUCUUAACAGCGCAACCUGUAUCAACCGAGAUGGUGGAUAUGAGUGCAUGUGCCCACCUGGCUGGACUGGAACGAACUGUGAACUUGACAUUCCAGAAUGUGGUAGCAAUCCCUGCCAGAAUGGAGCUAACUGCACCGAGCUUACAAAUGGAUAUCAGUGUGUCUGUGUCAAAGGAUACAAUGGUGUACAUUGUGAGUUGGACAUCAACGAGUGUGCCAGCAGUCCCUGCCAGAAUGGCGCAACAUGUCUUGAAUUCAUUGGAGAGUAUCAGUGCCAAUGUCUUGUUGGUUAUGAAGGCAUCAACUGUGAAUUGGAGAGUCUUGAAUGCAUGAGCAAUCCAUGUCUCAAUGGCGCUACCUGCUUGGACUUGAUUGGAAUGUAUGAAUGCCGCUGCCCUUCUGGAUGGUCUGGUACCAACUGUGAAGUUGAGAUCAAUGAGUGUGAUUCCUCUCCGUGUCUUUAUAAUUCAACCUGCGUCAAUUUAUUGGAUGGAUAUGAAUGCAACUGCACUGAAGACUACCGAGGCACAAACUGUGAGAUUGAGAUCAUAGACUGUAGUGAUGACCCCUGUCAGAAUGGAGCCACCUGUUUGGAUCUCGACGAUGACUAUCAGUGCACAUGUCCAGGAGGGUGGACGGGCAGAAAUUGUGAACUAGAAACCAAUGAGUGUGAAAGCAAUCCUUGCCUGAAUGGCGCUACCUGCAUCGACUUCUUCUCUGGUUUCCUCUGCCAAUGUCCACCAGGGUUUGGGGGAACGUUUUGUGAACAAGAUGUGAACGAGUGUGACCCAAAUCCUUGUCAGAAUGAUGCAACCUGCGUCCAGGGAGAAGCCAGCUUUGAAUGUGUCUGUGCCCCAGGAUGGCAGGGUGCUCUAUGUGAAGAAGACGUACUGGAAUGUUCAAGUGUUCCUUGCCAGAAUGGAGGUACGUGCGUGGAGCAAGUCAAUGGUUAUAGCUGCCUAUGCGCACCAGGAUGGACUGGUCCAAACUGUCAAGAUGAAAUCAUGGAGUGCAUGAGCAACCCGUGCCAGAAUGGUGCUACUUGUGUUGAUCUACUGCCAGGGUAUGAAUGUAGAUGUCCAGAAGGAUGGAAUGGUACAAAUUGCGAGUUGGACAUCUUGGAGUGUGCUAGUAAUCCCUGCCUGAAUGGAGCUACCUGUCGAGAUCUCACUCUUGGCUUUGAAUGUCAGUGUCCCCAAGGAUGGAAUGGCACAGUUUGUGAAAAUGAGGUCCUUGAGUGUAGCAGUGACCCCUGCCAAAAUGGAGCAACAUGCGUGGAGCUGAUUGGAGGAUAUGAAUGCCUGUGUGCUGAAGGCUGGAAUGGUACCAAUUGUGAGAUUGAAUCAAACGAAUGCUUGAGCAAUCCCUGUCUGAAUGGAGCGGCCUGCAAAACAAUCUUCAAUGGUUUCCUGUGUGUCUGCGAACCUGGCUUCAAUGGCUCACUUUGUGAAAUAGAUAUUGAUGAGUGCGAUCUUGACCCUUGUCAGAAUGGAGCAACUUGUACAGAAGGUACUGCAAGCUUCUUAUGCACAUGUGCUCCAGGAUGGACUGGAACAACAUGUGAUGAAGAUAUCCAAGAAUGUGCCAGUGACCCCUGUGUGAAUGGAGCUACAUGUAUGGAUAUCAAUCAGGGUUUUGUAUGUGUUUGUCCACCGGGAUUCUCUGGGUCACUCUGUGAACAAGAAUCUAGGGAAUGCAUUCUUAACCCUUGCCUCAAUGGAGCCACAUGCUACAACUACACUGAUGGUUUGCUAUGCGAGUGUGCUAUGGGUUUCAACGGACUAAACUGUGAAUUUGCAAUCAGCUGUGAUCAGAACCCCUGCUUGAAUGGUGCAUCGUGUGUCAACAGCAGUGAUGGCUACCAGUGUAUCUGUGACUUUGGUUGGAGAGGCAUGAACUGUGAGACAGAAAUUGAUGAAUGCGAACGGAUGAACUGCAUGAAUGGAGCCAUAUGCUUUGAUCUGGUUGCUGGCUUUGUCUGCUUCUGUCGACCUGGAUUUGAAGGCCUCUUCUGUGAAACAAAUGUACUUGAAUGUAGUAGUGAUCCCUGUCAGAACGGUGCGACAUGCGUGGAUGAAGUAGAUGAUUAUCAAUGUGUGUGUCCCCAGGGAUUGACAGGCAGGCACUGUGAGACUGAUAUCCCAGAAUGUGAAAGUGAUCCCUGCAUGAACGGGGCAACCUGCACUGACCUCACCAAUGGCUAUCAGUGUAUAUGUAUUCUAGGAUGGACAGGGACACUCUGUGAAUCAGAAAUCAUGGAGUGUGAGAGCAUCCCUUGUCAGAAUGGUGGUACAUGUAUUGAUCUGAUUGGACCCUAUGAAUGCAGAUGUCCUGCUGGCUGGACUGGAAUCAACUGUGAAGCAGAUAUUCUUGAGUGCUCAAGUGAUCCCUGUUUGAAUGGUGCUACCUGUGAGGAGCUAACCGAUGGCUAUCUAUGUGUCUGUGCACCAGGCUUCAAUGGCACAGCAUGCCAAGAAGAAACUGUUGAGUGUGCUAGCAAUCCCUGUCAGAAUGGUGCCACUUGCAAUGAUCUUGUUAACAGCUAUGAGUGCAUCUGUGCAGCAGGAUGGAAUGGAACCUUCUGUGAGAUUGAGAUCAAUGAAUGUGUCAGUAAUCCAUGCUUGAAUGGGGCUACUUGCAAUAAUCUAAUAGCGGAAUAUGAGUGUCUUUGCUCCCCUGGAUGGAAUGGAACACACUGUGAAAUAAAUAUUGAUGACUGCGUUAGUCACAUGUGCAUCAAUGGUGCUACCUGCAUUGAUGAAAUAGAUGGUUACAGUUGCCAGUGUCCUGAAGGUUGGGUUGGUCGAUUCUGUGGUAGUGAGAUCUUAGAAUGUUUGAGCAACCCCUGUUUCAAUGGAGCAAACUGUAUAGACCUGAUUCCAGGAUAUCAAUGUGAAUGUACUUCUGGAUGGACAGGAACACACUGUGAAACUGAGAUCUUGGAAUGUUCCUCUGAUCCUUGUCAGAACGGAGCUACUUGCACUGAUCUGAUUGGAGCAUAUGAAUGUCAAUGUGCUCCAGGCUGGAAUGGCACUAACUGUGAAAUUGAAAUUCUUGAAUGUGCUGGAGAUCCCUGCAUGAAUGGAGCUACCUGUGUGGACCUGAUUGCCAUGUAUGAAUGCAUCUGUGCUCCAGGAUGGAAUGGUAGCAACUGUGAAGUAGACAUCCAGGAAUGUGCCAGCAAUCCAUGUCAAAAUGGUGCAACAUGCGUAGAUGAAAUAGGAUUGUUCACCUGUCAAUGUCCUCUUGGCUUCACUGGUGUACUAUGUGAGGCUGACAUAGAGGAAUGUUCCAGCAAUCCUUGUUUGAACGGAGCAACCUGCAUUGAUCUGAAUGGAGGGUACCAAUGUGAAUGUGCUUUAGGCUGGGAGGGCAUCCACUGUGAAUUAGAGGACCAGGAAUGUACCAGUGAUCCUUGUCAAAAUGGGGCUACUUGUCUUGAUUUGGUUGGAAGUUAUGAAUGUCGGUGUACUCUAGGAUGGAAUGGAACAAACUGUGAAAUAGAAUCUAAUGAGUGUUUGAGCAAUCCUUGUCUGAAUGAAGCUACCUGUAUAGAUUUCUUUAAUGGUUUCCAAUGUCAAUGUGCCCCUGGAUGGGAAGGAGACUUGUGUGCAAUGGAAAUAUUCGAGUGUGCCAUCAUGCCCUGUCAAAACGGUGCAACAUGUGUGGAUAGAUUAGCAAGUUUUGAGUGCAUUUGUACUCCAGGAUGGCAAGGCGUGAUUUGUACAGAAGAUAUUCUAGAGUGUGCAAGCAAUCCCUGCCAAAAUGGUGCAACUUGCACAGACCUGGAGAACGGAUUUGAAUGUGUGUGUCCGUUCGGAUACAGGGGAGCACUUUGUGAAGAAGAAAUCGUUGAAUGUGCUGGCGAUCCAUGCAUGAAUGAUGCCACCUGCAUAGACUUGGUUGCCGGAUAUGUUUGCCUGUGCAGUACUGGAUGGCAAGGUCUACAUUGUGAGAAUGACAUCUUAGAAUGUGCAAGUAACCCAUGUCAAAAUGACGCCACCUGCAUCGAUCUGCUUGAUUCUUAUGAAUGCCAGUGCCCUCCAGGCUGGAAUGGAACUCACUGUGAGAUAGACAUUGUAGAAUGUGCCAGUAAUCCUUGUCUGAAUGGUGCUACUUGUCUUGAAGACAUCAAUGGAUAUGACUGUCAAUGUCCAGAGGGAUGGACUGGAGUACACUGUGAAGAGGAGAUUCAAGAGUGCUCCAGUAACCCCUGUCAAAAUAAUGGAACCUGUGUCGACCUCAUAGGUGCCUUUAACUGUGUCUGUGCACCAGGAUGGACUGGAACCCUAUGCGAGAUUGAGAUUGAUGAGUGUGACAGCGCUCCAUGCCAAAAUGGUGCGGUCUGUGUUGAUCUUAUUGGCAGUUAUGAAUGUCGGUGUCUACCAGGCUGGCAAGGAGUUAACUGCGAAUCUGAGAUCCUUGAAUGCAGCAGUAAUCCAUGUCAGAAUGGAGCUGAAUGUUUUGACAUGAUCAAUGCAUACCAAUGUAUUUGUGAUCCAGGAUUCAUUGGUACUAACUGCGAAGUUGAUAUUGAUGAAUGUGCCAGUGAGCCAUGCCAAAAUGGUGCAAAUUGCCUUGAAUUCAUUGAUUUCUAUGAAUGCCAAUGUUUACCAGGUUGGAAUGGAACCAAUUGUGAAGUCAACAUUGAUGAUUGUGAUGCGAAUCUUUGCAUCAAUGGUGCUACCUGCAUUGAUGAAAUAGAUGGUUACAGUUGCCAGUGUCUUGAAGGUUGGGUUGGUCAAUUCUGUGGUAGUGAGAUCUUAGAAUGUCUGAGCAACCCAUGUCUUAAUGGAGGAAACUGUAUAGACCUGAUUCCAGGAUAUCAAUGUGAAUGUACUACUGGAUGGACAGGAACACACUGUGAAACUGAGAUCAUUGAAUGUUCUUCUGAUCCUUGCCAGAAUGGAGCUACAUGCACUGAUCUGAUUGGUACAUAUGAUUGUCAAUGUGCUCCAGGCUGGAAUGGCACUAACUGUGAAAUCGAAAUUCUUGAAUGUGCUGGAGAUCCCUGCAUGAAUGGAGCUACCUGUGUGGACCUGAUUGCCAUGUAUGAAUGCAUCUGUGCUCCAGGAUGGAAUGGUAGCAACUGUGAAGUAGACAUCCAGGAAUGUGCCAGCAAUCCAUGUCAAAAUGGAGCAACAUGCAUAGAUGAAAUAGGAUUGUUCACCUGUCAAUGUCCUCUUGGCUUCACUGGUGUACUAUGUGAGGCUGACAUAGAGGAAUGUUCCAGCAAUCCUUGUUUGAAUGGAGCAACCUGCAUCGAUCUGAUUGGAGGGUACCAAUGUGAAUGUGCUGUAGGCUGGGAGGGCAUCCACUGCGAAUUAGAGGACCAGGAAUGUACCAGUGAUCCUUGUCAGAAUGGGGCUACUUGUCUUGAUUUAGUUGGAAGUUAUGAAUGUCAGUGUACUCUAGGAUGGAAUGGAACAAACUGUGAAAUAGAACCUGAUGAGUGUUUGAGCAAUCCUUGUCUGAAUGGAGCUACCUGUAUAGAUUUCUUUAAUGGUUUCCAAUGUCGAUGUGCCCCUGGAUGGGAAGGAGACUUGUGUGCAAUGGAAAUAUUUGAGUGUGCCAUCAUUACCUGUCAAAACGGUGCAACAUGUGUGGAUAGAUUAGCAAGUUUUGAGUGCAUUUGUACUCCAGGAUGGCAAGGAGUAAUUUGUACAGAAGAUAUUCUAGAGUGUGCCAGUAAUCCCUGUCAAAAUGGUGCAACUUGUUCAGACCUGGAGAACGGAUUUGAAUGUGUGUGUCUGUUCGGAUACAGGGGAGCACUUUGUGAAGAAGAAAUCGUUGAAUGUGAUGGCGAUCCAUGCAUGAAUGAUGCCACCUGCAUAGACUUGGUUGCCGGAUAUGUUUGCCUGUGCAGUACUGGAUGGCAAGGUCUACAUUGUGAGAAUGACAUCUUAGAAUGUGCAAGCAACCCAUGUCUAAAUGAUGCCACGUGCAUCGACCUGCUUGAUUCUUAUGAAUGUCAGUGCCCUCCAGGUUGGAAUGGAACUCACUGUGAGAUAGACAUUGUAGAAUGUGCCAGUAAUCCUUGUCUGAAUGGUGCUACUUGUCUUGAAGACAUCAAUGGAUAUGACUGUCAAUGUCCAGAGGGAUGGACUGGAGGUCACUGUGAAGAGGAGAUUCAAGAGUGUUCCAGUAACCCUUGUCAAAAUAACGGAACCUGUGUCGACCUCAUAGGUGCCUUUAACUGUGUCUGUGCACCAGGAUGGACUGGAACCAUAUGCGAGAUUGAGAUUGAUGAGUGUGACAGCACUCCAUGUAAAAAUGGUGCGGUCUGUGUUGAUAUUAUUGGCAGUUAUGAAUGUCAGUGUCUACCAGGCUGGCAAGGAGUUAAUUGCGAAUCUGAGAUCCUUGAAUGCAGCAGUAAUCCAUGUCAGAAUGGAGCUGAAUGUUUUGACAUGAUCAAUGCAUACCAAUGUAUUUGUGAUCCAGGUUUCAAUGGUACCAACUGUGAAGUUGAUAUUGAUGAAUGUGCCAUUGACCCAUGCCAAAAUGGUGCAAAUUGCUUUGAAUUCAUCGAUUUCUAUGAAUGCCAAUGUUUACCAGGUUGGAAUGGAACCAAUUGUGAAGUCAACAUUGAUGAUUGUGAUGGGAAUCUUUGCGUCAAUGGUGCUACCUGCAUUGACGAAAUAGAUAGUUACAGUUGCCAGUGUCUUGAAGGUUGGGUUGGACGAUUCUGUGCUAGUGAGAUCUUAGAAUGUCUGAGCAACCCCUGCCUUAAUGGAGCAAACUGUGUAGACUUGAUUCCAGGUUAUCAAUGUGAAUGCACUACUGGAUGGACAGGAACACACUGUGAAACAGAGAUCUUGGAAUGUUCCUCUGAUCCUUGCCAGAAUGAAGCUACUUGUACUGAUCUGAUUGGUACAUAUGAAUGUCACUGUGCUGCAGGUUGGAAUGGCACUAACUGUGAAAUCGAAAUUCUUGAAUGUGCUGGAGAUCCCUGCAUGAAUGGAGCUACCUGUGUGGACCUUAUUGCCAUGUAUGAAUGCAUCUGUGCUCCAGGAUGGAAUGGUAGCAACUGUGAAGUAGACAUCCAGGAAUGUGCCAGCAAUCCAUGUCAAAAUGGUGCAACAUGCAUAGAUGAAAUAGGAUUGUUCACCUGUCAAUGUCCUCUUGGCUUCACUGGUGUACUAUGUGAGGCUGACAUAGAGGAAUGUUCCAGCAAUCCUUGUUUGAAUGGAGCAACCUGCGUUGAUCUUAUUGGAGGGUACCAAUGUGAAUGUGCUUUAGGUUGGGAGGGCAUUCACUGUGAAAUAGAGGACCAGGAAUGUACCAGUGAUCCUUGUCAGAAUGGGGCUACUUGUCUUGAUUUAGUUGGCGGUUAUGAAUGUCAGUGUACUCUAGGAUGGAAUGGAACAAACUGUGAAAUAGAAUCUGAUGAGUGUUUGAGCAAUCCUUGUCUGAAUGGAGCUACCUGUAUAGAUUUCUUUAAUGGUUUCCAAUGUCGAUGUGCCCCUGGAUGGGAAGGAGACUUGUGUGCAAUGGAAAUAUUUGAGUGUGCCAUCAUGCCCUGUCAAAACGGUGCAACAUGCGUGGAUAGAUUAGCAAGUUUUGAGUGCAUUUGUACUCCAGGAUGGCAAGGCGUGAUUUGUACAGAAGAUAUUCUAGAGUGUGCCAGUAAUCCGUGUCAAAAUGAUGCAACUUGCUCAGACCUGGAGAACGGAUUUGAUUGUGUGUGUCCAUUCGGAUACAGAGGACCACUUUGUGAAGAAGAAAUCGUUGAAUGUGCUGGCAAUCCAUGCAUGAAUGAUGCCACCUGUGUGGAUCUGGUUGCUGGAUAUGUGUGUCUAUGUAGUACAGGAUGGCAGGGGAUUCACUGUGAAAACGACAUCUUAGAAUGUGCAAGCAACCCAUGUCAAAAUGACGCAACCUGCAUCGACCUGCUUGAUUCUUAUGAAUGCCAGUGCCCUCCAGGCUGGAAUGGAACACACUGUGAGAUGGACAUUGUAGAAUGUGCAAGUAAUCCUUGUCUGAAUGGUGCUACUUGUCUUGAAGACAUCAAUGGAUAUGACUGUCAAUGUCCAGAGGGAUGGACUGGAGUACACUGUGAAGACGAGAUUCAAGAGUGUUCCAGUAACCCUUGUCAAAAUAAUGGAACCUGUGUCGACCUCAUAGGCGCCUUUAACUGUGUCUGUGCACCAGGAUGGACUGGAACCCUAUGCGAGAUUGAGAUUGAUGAAUGUGGCAGCACUCCAUGUCAAAAUGGUGCAGUCUGUGUCGAUAUUAUUGGCAGUUAUGAAUGUCAGUGUCUACCAGGCUGGCAAGGAGUUAACUGCGAAUCUGAGAUUCUUGAAUGCAGCAGUAAUCCAUGUCAGAAUGGAGCUGAAUGUUUUGACAUGAUCAAUGCAUACCAGUGUAUUUGUGAUCCAGGUUUCAAUGGUACUAACUGUGAAGUUGAUAUUGAUGAAUGUGCAAGUGACCCAUGCCAAAAUGGUGCAAAUUGCCUUGAAUUCAUUGAUUUCUAUGAAUGCCAAUGUUUACCAGGUUGGAAUGGAAGCAAUUGUGAAGUCAACAUUGAUGAUUGUGAUGGGAAUCUUUGCAUCAAUGGUGCUACCUGCAUUGAUGAAAUAGAUGGUUACAGUUGCCAGUGUCCUGAAGGUUGGGUUGGUCAAUUCUGUGGUAGUGAGAUCUUAGAAUGUCUGAGCAACCCCUGUUUCAAUGGAGGAAACUGUAUAGACCUGAUUCCAGGAUAUCAAUGUGAAUGUACUACUGGAUGGACAGGAACACACUGUGAAACUGAGAUCAUGGAAUGUUCCUCUGAUCCUUGUCAGAACGGAGCUUCAUGCAAUGAUCUGAUUGGUACAUAUGUAUGUCAGUGUGCUCCAGGUUGGAAUGGCACUAACUGUGAUAUAGAAAUUCUUGAAUGUGCUGGAGAUCCCUGCAUGAAUGGAGCUACCUGUGUGGACCUGAUUGCCAUGUAUGAAUGCAUCUGUGCUCCAGGAUGGAAUGGUAGCAACUGUGAAGUAGACAUCCAGGAAUGUGCCAGCAAUCCAUGUCAAAAUGGUGCAACAUGCAUAGAUGAAAUAGGAUUGUUCACCUGUCAAUGCCCUCUUGGCUUCACUGGUGUACUAUGUGAGGCUGACAUAGAGGAAUGUUCCAGCAAUCCUUGUUUGAAUGGAGCAACCUGCAUCGAUCUGAUUGGAGGGUACCAAUGUGAAUGUGCUUUAGGCUGGGAGGGCAUCCACUGUGAAUUAGAGGACCAGGAAUGUACCAGUGAUCCUUGUCAGAAUGGCGCUACUUGUCUAGAUUUAGUUGGAAGUUAUGAAUGUCAGUGUACUCUAGGAUGGAAUGGAACCAACUGUGAAAUAGAAUCUAACGAGUGUUUGAGCAAUCCUUGUCUGAAUGGAGCUACCUGUACAGAUUUAUUUAAUGGGUUCCAAUGUCGAUGUGCCCCAGGAUGGGAAGGAGACUUGUGUGCAAUUGAAAUUUUAGAGUGUUCCUUCAACAUCUGUCAGAAUGGUGCUACAUGUGUGGAUGGAUUGGCAAGUUUUGAAUGCAUUUGUGCACCUGGAUGGCAGGGUGUGACCUGUACAGAGGAUAUUCUAGAGUGUGCCAGUAAUCCUUGCCAAAAUGGUGCAACUUGCUCAGACCUGGAAAACGGAUAUGAAUGUGUGUGUCGUUUUGGCUUCAGAGGAACACUUUGCGAAGAAGAAAUUGUUGAAUGUGCUGGCAAUCCAUGCAUGAAUGACGCCACCUGUGUAGAUCUGGUUGCUGGAUAUGUGUGUCUAUGUAGUACAGGAUGGCAGGGGAUUCACUGUGAAAACGACAUCUUAGAAUGUGCAAGCAACCCAUGUCUAAAUGACGCAACCUGCAUCGAUCUGCUUGAUUCUUAUGAAUGCCAAUGCCCUCCAGGUUGGAAUGGAACUCACUGUGAAAUAGACAUCGUAGAAUGUGCCAGUAAUCCUUGUCUGAAUGGUGCUACUUGUCUUGAAGACAUCAAUGGAUAUGACUGUCAAUGCCCAGAGGGAUGGACUGGAGUACACUGUGAAGAGGAAAUUCAAGAGUGUUCCAGUAACCCUUGUCAAAAUAAUGGAACCUGUGUCGACCUCAUAGGUGCCAUUAACUGUGUCUGUGCACCAGGAUGGACUGGAACCCUAUGCGAGAUUGAGAUUGAUGAGUGUGACAGCGCUCCAUGCCAAAAUGGUGCGGUCUGUGUUGAUCUUAUUGGCAGUUAUGAAUGUCAGUGUCUACCAGGCUGGCAAGGAGUGAACUGUGAAUCUGAGAUCCUUGAAUGUAAGAGCAACCCAUGUCAUAAUGGAGCUCAGUGCUUAGAGAUGAUUAAUGGAUACCAAUGCAUUUGUGACCCAGGUUUCAAUGGUCUGAAGUGUGAGAAUAAUGUAGAUGAAUGUGCCAGUGACCCAUGCCAAAAUGGAGCAACAUGCCUUGAAUCUCUUGAUUCGUAUGAAUGCCAAUGCUUACCAGGUUGGAAUGGAACCAAUUGUGAAGUCAACAUUGAUUAUUGUAAUGGAAAUCUUUGCAUCAAUGGUGCUACCUGCACAAAUGAAGUAGAUGGUUACAGUUGCCAGUGUCUUGAAGGUUGGGUUGGUCAAUUCUGUGGUAUUGAGAUCUUAGAAUGUUUGAGCAACCCCUGUUUCAAUGGAGCAAACUGUAUAGACCUGAUUCCAGGAUAUCAAUGUGAAUGUACUACUGAAUGGACAGGAACACACUGUGAAACUGAGAUCUUGGAAUGUUCUUCUGAUCCAUGCCAGAACGGAGCUACUUGCAAUGAUCUGAUUGGUACAUAUGAAUGUCAAUGUGCUCCAGGCUGGAACGGCACUAACUGUGAAAUUGAAAUUCUUGAAUGUGCUGGAGAUCCCUGCAUGAAUGGAGCUACCUGUGUGGACCUUAUUGCCAUGUAUGAAUGCAUCUGUGCUCCAGGAUGGAAUGGUAGCAACUGUGAAGUAGACAUCCAGGAAUGUGCCAGCAAUCCAUGUCAAAAUGGUGCAACAUGCAUAGAUGAAAUAGGAUUGUUCACCUGUCAAUGUCCUCUUGGCUUCACUGGUGUACUAUGUGAGGCUGACAUAGAGGAAUGUUCCAGCAAUCCUUGUUUGAAUGGAGCAACCUGCAUCGAUCUGAUUGGAGGGUACCAGUGUGAAUGUGCUUUAGGCUGGGAGGGCAUCCACUGUGAAUUAGAGGACCAGGAAUGUACCAGUGAUCCUUGUCAGAAUGGGGCUACUUGUCUUGAUUUGGUUGGAGGCUAUCAUUGUCAGUGCCCUCUCGGAUGGGAUGGAUCUAAUUGCGAAUCGGACUUUGAUGAAUGUGUGAGCGAUCCUUGUCUAAAUGGAGCAACCUGUGCGGACUUCUUCAAUGGUUAUUUCUGCCAGUGUGCUCCUGGCUGGGAAGGAGAAGCAUGUCAGAUAGAAAUAAUGGAGUGUUCCUGCAACCCGUGUCUAAAUGGUGCUACUUGUGUUGAUGGAUUAGCAAGUUUUGAAUGCGUAUGUGCUUCUGGAUGGCAGGGAAUAACAUGUGCAGAAGAUAUUGCAGAGUGUGCUAGUAACCCCUGCCAAAAUGGUGCAACGUGCUCUGACUUGGAGAAUGGAUUUCAGUGUACUUGUCCUUUUGGAUACAAAGGAAGACUUUGUGAAGAAGAAAUCAUUGAGUGUGAUGGCGAUCCAUGCAUGAAUGGUGCCACCUGCAUAGACUUGGUUGCCGGAUAUGUUUGCCUGUGCAGUACUGGAUGGCAAGGUCUACAUUGUGAGAAUGACAUCUUAGAAUGUGCAAGCAACCCAUGUCUAAAUGACGCCACCUGCAUCGAUCUGCUUGAUUCUUAUGAAUGCCAGUGCCCUCCAGGCUGGAAUGGAAUUCACUGUGAGAUAGACAUUGUAGAAUGUGCCAGUAAUCCUUGUCUGAAUGGUGCUACUUGUUUUGAAGACAUCAAUGGAUAUGACUGUCAAUGUCCAGAGGGAUGGACUGGAGUACACUGUGAAGAGGAAAUUCAAGAGUGCUCCAGUAACCCUUGUCAAAAUAAUGGAACCUGUGUCGACCUCAUAGGUGCCUUUAACUGUGUCUGUGCACCAGGAUGGACUGGAACCCUAUGCGAGAUUGAGAUUGAUGAGUGUGACAGCGCUCCAUGUCAAAAUGGUGCAGUCUGUGUUGAUAUUAUUGGCAGUUAUGAAUGUCAGUGUCUACCAGGCUGGCAAGGAGUUAACUGCGAAUCUGAGAUCCUUGAAUGCAGCAGUAAUCCAUGUCAGAAUGGAGCUGAAUGUUUUGACAUGAUCAAUGCAUACCAGUGUAUUUGCAAUCGAGGUUGGAACGGCACCCACUGUGAGCUAGACGUCAUGGAGUGUGCCAGCAGUCCUUGUCAAAAUGGAGCAACCUGCACAGACUUAAUAGACGCCUACGUUUGUGAAUGCCCCAAAGGCUUCAAUGGAAUCCACUGUGAACUGGCAAUCCUAGCAUGCAAUAGCAAUCCAUGCCAAAAUGAUGCAUUGUGCCUUGACCUCACUCUUGGAUAUCUCUGCAUGUGCGCCCCUGGUUGGACAGGGGAAAAUUGUGAAUUUGAAAUGACUGAAUGUAUGGAUGAUCCAUGCAUAAACAAUGCCACCUGUGUAGAUCUGGUGGGGGGCUAUUCAUGCAUCUGUGGUCCUGGAUGGAAUGGAACCAACUGUGAAAUGAACAUUCAGGAAUGUAGCAGUGAUCCAUGUCAGAACAAUGCCACUUGUAUCGAUGCUAUAGCAAGUUAUCAGUGCGUAUGUCCACCUGGAUGGACUGGCCCUACAUGUGAACUAGAUAUUCAAGAAUGUUCAAGUAACCCGUGCUUGAAUGGAGCCAACUGUACAGAGUUGCAAAAUGGCUACGAUUGCAUUUGUCCUUCUGGAUUCGAUGGAACACAUUGUGAAACCAGUAUUUUUACGUGUUCCAGUGAUCCAUGUUUGAAUGGCGCCAAUUGUAUGGAACUUGUGAAUGGAUACUUAUGUGUUUGUGCCCCUGGAUAUUUUGGUACGCACUGUGAGCGUGAAAUUGUGGAAUGUUCUAGCAACCCUUGUCAAAAUGGAGCCAACUGCACAGAACUAGUUGAUGGAUAUGAGUGCUUGUGCCAACCAGGCUUCAAUGGCACAUUCUGUGAGGCAAAUAUCCAGGACUGUUCAGAAAAUCCGUGUUUGAAUGGUGCAAACUGUAUGGACUUGGUCAACGGCUAUCUUUGCAUAUGUGCACCUGGAUUUACAGGAGAACACUGCGAGACUGGAUUUCAGGAAUGUGCAAGCAACCCAUGUCAAAAUGGAGCCAAUUGUACAGAAGAGAUAAACGGUUUCCUGUGUGUCUGCCCACUAGGUUACAAUGGCACUUUCUGUGAAGAUGAAGUAUUGGAGUGUUCCAGCAACCCAUGUCAAAAUGGAGCUGACUGCACAGAGCUAAUCAAUGGUUAUGAAUGUGUCUGUCAACCAGGUUACAAUGGGGUAAACUGUGAGAACGAGAUUCAAGACUGUGCAGGAGAUCCCUGUCUGAAUGAUGCAAACUGUAUGGACUUGAUUAAUGGAUAUCUCUGCAUUUGUCAACCAGGUUACAAUGGACUACACUGUGAAUCUGAAACUCUAGAAUGUGCCAGCAACCCUUGUCAGAAUGGAGCCAACUGCACAGAUCUGAUUGAUGUGUACUUUUGCCAAUGUCCAUUGGGCUUUAAUGGAACAAACUGUGAGAUAGAGCUUGAUGAAUGUGGCAGUAUUCCAUGUACAAAUGGAGCCAACUGCACAGACUUGGGGGAUGGGUAUAUUUGUCAUUGUCCAGUAGGAUACACAGGUAUAAAUUGUGAGCAAGAUAUUUUGGAAUGUUCCAGUGAUCCAUGUCAGAAUGGUGCUACUUGCUCAGAGCUUAUCAAUCGCUACGAGUGCAUCUGUGCACCAGGAUACAAUGGCACGCACUGUGAGACUGAAAUACAAGAAUGUUCAGGGAACCCAUGUCUGAAUGGUGCAAACUGUAUGGACUUGAUUAACGGCUAUCUCUGCGCAUGUGCUCCAGGAUUUGAAGGAGAUCAUUGUGAGCUUGAGAUUCAGGAAUGCGCCAGCAACCCUUGCCGGAAUGGGGCCAACUGUACAGAGGGAAUAAAUGGAUAUAUAUGUGUAUGUCCCCCACGUUUCAACGGUACUCAUUGUGGAACUGGUUUUGCAGAAUGUGAAAGUAAUCCUUGCCAGAACAAUGCUACAUGUAUUAAUGGAUUGGGUGACUAUCAAUGCAACUGUGCUCCUGGAUGGACUGGAGAGACUUGUGACACAGAUGUUUUAGAAUGCUUUAGCAAUCCUUGUCUAAAUAGAGCAUUGUGUGAAGAAGGCAUUAAUUCAUAUGAAUGUAUCUGCCUACAAGGAUUUUAUGGCACAAACUGCGAAACUGAAAUUCAAGAGUGUGCUAACAAUCCAUGCUUAAAUGGUGCAAAUUGUAUGGACUUGAUCGAUGGAUAUCUGUGCAUCUGUUCACCAGGAUAUGAAGGAGAUUAUUGCGAGACUGACAUUCAGGAGUGUGCCAACAACACUUGUCAAAAUGGAGCCAAUUGUACAGAAGAGAUAAACGGUUUCCUGUGUAUCUGCCCAGCAGGUUACAAUGGCACUUUUUGUGAAAAUGAAGUAGUGGAGUGUUCCAGCAACCCAUGUCAAAAUGGAGCUGACUGCACAGAACUGAUCAACGGCUAUGAAUGUGUCUGUCAACCAGGUUACAAUGGUAUCAACUGUGAGAACGAAAUACAAGAAUGUUCAGGGAAUCCAUGUCUGAAUGAUGCAAACUGUAUGGACUUGAUCGAUGGAUAUCUUUGCAUCUGUUCACCAGGAUAUGAAGGAGAUUAUUGCGAGACUGACAUUCAGGAGUGCGCCAACAACACUUGUCAAAAUGGAGCCAAUUGUACAGAAGAGAUAAACGGUUUCCUGUGUAUCUGCCCAGCAGGUUACAAUGGCACUUUUUGUGAAAAUGAAGUAGUGGAGUGUUCCAGCAACCCAUGUCAAAAUGGAGCUGACUGCACAGAACUGAUCAACGGCUAUGAAUGUGUCUGUCAACCAGGUUACAAUGGUAUCAACUGUGAGAACGAAAUACAAGAAUGUUCAGGGAAUCCAUGUCUAAAUGAUGCAAACUGUAUGGACUUGAUCGAUGGAUAUAUUUGCAUCUGUUCACCAGGAUAUGAAGGAGAUUAUUGUGAGACUGAGAUUCAGGAGUGCGCCAGCAACCCAUGUCAAAAUGGAGCUGACUGCACAGAACUGAUCAACAGCUAUGAAUGUGUCUGUCAACCAGGUUACAAUGGUAUCUACUGUGAGAACGACAUCCAAGAUUGUGCAGGAGGUCCUUGUCGAAAUGGUGCAAACUGUACGGACCUGAACAAUGGCUACCUUUGCAUCUGUGCACCAGGAUUUGAAGGAGAACACUGUGAAACUGAAACUCUAGAAUGUACCAGCAACCCAUGUCAGAAUGGAGCCAACUGUACAGAUCUGAUUGAUGAGUACUUCUGCCAAUGUCCAUCAGGGUUUAAUGGAACAAACUGUGAGAUGGAGCUUGAUGAAUGUAGCAGUAAUCCAUGUCAAAAUGGAGCUGACUGCACAGAACUGAUCAACGGCUAUGAAUGUGUCUGUCAACCAGGUUACAAUGGUAUCAACUGUGAGAACGAAAUACAAGAAUGUUCAGGGAAUCCAUGUCUGAAUGAUGCAAACUGUAUGGACUUGAUCGACAGAUAUAUUUGCAUCUGUUCACCAGGAUAUGAAGGAGAUUAUUGCGAGACUGACAUUCAGGAGUGUGCCAACAACACAUGUCAAAAUGGAGCCAAUUGUACAGAAGAGAUGAACGGUUUCCUGUGUAUCUGCCCAGCAGGUUACAAUGGCACUUUUUGUGAAAAUGAAGUAGUGGAGUGUUCCAGCAACCCAUGUCAAAAUGGAGCUGACUGCACAGAACUGAUCAACGGCUAUGAAUGUGUCUGUCAACCAGGUUACAAUGGUAUCAACUGUGAGAACGAAAUACAAGAAUGUUCAGGGAAUCCAUGUCUGAAUGAUGCAAACUGUAUGGACUUGAUCGACAGAUAUAUUUGCAUCUGUUCACCAGGAUAUGAAGGAGAUUAUUGCGAGACUGACAUUCAGGAGUGUGCCAACAACACAUGUCAAAAUGGAGCCAAUUGUACAGAAGAGAUGAACGGUUUCCUGUGUAUCUGCCCAGCAGGUUACAAUGGCACUUUUUGUGAAAAUGAAGUAGUGGAGUGUUCCAGCAACCCAUGUCAAAAUGGAGCUGACUGCACAGAACUGAUCAACGGCUAUGAAUGUGUCUGUCAACCAGGUUACAAUGGUAUCAACUGUGAGAACGAAAUACAAGAAUGUUCAGGGAAUCCAUGUCUGAAUGAUGCAAACUGUAUGGACUUGAUCGACAGAUAUAUUUGCAUCUGUUCACCAGGAUAUGAAGGAGAUUAUUGCGAGACUGACAUUCAGGAGUGUGCCAACAACACAUGUCAAAAUGGAGCCAAUUGUACAGAAGAGAUGAACGGUUUCCUGUGUAUCUGCCCAGCAGGUUACAAUGGCACUUUUUGUGAAAAUGAAGUAGUGGAGUGUUCCAGCAACCCAUGUCAAAAUGGAGCUGACUGCACAGAACUGAUCAACGGCUAUGAAUGUGUCUGUCAACCAGGUUACAAUGGUAUCAACUGUGAGAACGAAAUACAAGAAUGUUCAGGGAAUCCAUGUCUGAAUGAUGCAAACUGUAUGGACUUGAUCGACAGAUAUAUUUGCAUCUGUUCACCAGGAUAUGAAGGAGAUUAUUGCGAGACUGACAUUCAGGAGUGUGCCAACAACACAUGUCAAAAUGGAGCCAAUUGUACAGAAGAGAUGAACGGUUUCCUGUGUAUCUGCCCAGCAGGUUACAAUGGCACUUUUUGUGAAAAUGAAGUAGUGGAGUGUUCCAGCAACCCAUGUCAAAAUGGAGCUGACUGCACAGAACUGAUCAACGGCUAUGAAUGUGUCUGUCAACCAGGUUACAAUGGUAUCAACUGUGAGAACGAAAUACAAGAAUGUUCAGGGAAUCCAUGUCUGAAUGGUGCAAACUGUAUGGACUUGAUCGAUGGAUAUCUUUGCAUCUGUUCACCAGGAUAUGAAGGAGAUUAUUGCGAGACUGACAUUCAGGAGUGCGCCAACAACACUUGUCAAAAUGGAGCCAAUUGUACAGAAGAGAUAAACGGUUUCCUGUGUAUCUGCCCAGCAGGUUACAAUGGCACUUUUUGUGAAAAUGAAGUAGUGGAGUGUUCCAGCAACCCAUGUCAAAAUGGAGCUGACUGCACAGAACUGAUCAACGGCUAUGAAUGUGUCUGUCAACCAGGUUACAAUGGUAUCAACUGUGAGAACGAAAUACAAGAAUGUUCAGGGAAUCCAUGUCUGAAUGAUGCAAACUGUAUGGACUUGAUCGAUGGAUAUCUUUGCAUCUGUUCACCAGGAUAUGAAGGAGAUUAUUGCGAGACUGACAUUCAGGAGUGCGCCAACAACACUUGUCAAAAUGGAGCCAAUUGUACAGAAGAGAUGAACGGUUUCCUGUGUAUCUGCCCAGCAGGUUACAAUGGCACUUUUUGUGAAAAUGAAGUAGUGGAGUGUUCCAGCAACCCAUGUCAAAAUGGAGCUGACUGCACAGAACUGAUCAACGGCUAUGAAUGUGUCUGUCAACCAGGUUACAAUGGUAUCAACUGUGAGAACGAAAUACAAGAAUGUUCAGGGAAUCCAUGUCUGAAUGGUGCAAACUGUAUGGACUUGAUCGAUGGAUAUCUUUGCAUCUGUUCACCAGGAUAUGAAGGAGAUUAUUGCGAGACUGACAUUCAGGAGUGCGCCAACAACACUUGUCAAAAUGGAGCCAAUUGUACAGAAGAGAUAAACGGUUUCCUGUGUAUCUGCCCAGCAGGUUACAAUGGCACUUUUUGUGAAAAUGAAGUAGUGGAGUGUUCCAGCAACCCAUGUCAAAAUGGAGCUGACUGCACAGAACUGAUCAACGGCUAUGAAUGUGUCUGUCAACCAGGUUACAAUGGUAUCAACUGUGAGAACGAAAUACAAGAAUGUUCAGGGAAUCCAUGUCUGAAUGAUGCAAACUGUAUGGACUUGAUCGAUGGAUAUCUGUGCAUCUGUUCACCAGGAUAUGAAGGAGAUUAUUGCGAGACUGACAUUCAGGAGUGUGCCAACAACACUUGUCAAAAUGGAGCCAAUUGUACAGAAGAGAUAAACGGUUUCCUGUGUAUCUGCCCAGCAGGUUACAAUGGCACUUUUUGUGAAAAUGAAGUAGUGGAGUGUUCCAGCAACCCAUGUCAAAAUGGAGCUGACUGCACAGAACUGAUCAACGGCUAUGAAUGUGUCUGUCAACCAGGUUACAAUGGUAUCAACUGUGAGAACGAAAUACAAGAAUGUUCAGGGAAUCCAUGUCUGAAUGAUGCAAACUGUAUGGACUUGAUCGACAGAUAUAUUUGUAUCUGUUCACAAGGAUAUGAAGGAGAUUAUUGUGAGACUGAGAUUCAGGAGUGCGCCAGCAACCCAUGUCAAAAUGGAGCUGACUGCACAGAACUGAUCAACAGCUAUGAAUGUGUCUGUCAACCAGGUUACAAUGGUAUCUACUGUGAGAACGACAUCCAAGAUUGUACAGGAGGUCCUUGUCUAAAUCGUGCAAACUGUACGGACCUGAACAAUGGCUACCUUUGCAUCUGUGCACCAGGAUUUGAAGGAGAACACUGUGAAACUGAAACUCUAGAAUGUACCAGCAACCCAUGUCAGAAUGGAGCCAACUGUACAGAUCUGAUUGAUGAGUACUUCUGCCAAUGUCCAUCAGGCUUUAAUGGAACAAACUGUGAGAUGGAGCUUGAUGAAUGUAGCAGUAAUCCAUGUGUAAAUGGAGCCAACUGCACAGACUUUGUAGACGGGUAUAUUUGUCUUUGUCCAGUAGGAUACACAGGUGUUAAUUGCGAGCAAGAUAUUUUGGAAUGUUCCAGUGAUCCAUGUCAGAAUGGUGCUACUUGCUCAGAGCUUGUCAAUGGCUACGAGUGCAUUUGUGCACCAGGCUACAAUGACACCCUCUGUGAGACCGAAAUAAAAGAAUGUUCAGGAAACCCAUGUCUGAAUGGUGCAAACUGUAUGGACUUGAUCGAUGGAUAUCUGUGCAUCUGUUCACCAGGAUAUGAAGGAGAUUAUUGCGAGGCUGAGAUUCAGGAGUGCGCCAGCAAGCCUUGUCAAAAUGGAGCCAAUUGUACAGAAGAGAUAAACGGUUUCCUGUGUAUCUGCCCAGCAGGUUACAAUGGCACUUUCUGUCAAGAUGAAGUAGUGGAGUGUUCCAGCAACCCAUGUCAAAAUGGAGCUGACUGCACAGAACUGAUCAACGGCUAUGAAUGUGUCUGUCAACCAGGUUACAAUGGUAUCAACUGUGAGAACGACAUCCAAGAUUGUGCAGGAGGUCCUUGUCAAAAUGGUGCAAACUGUACGGACUUGAACAAUGGCUACCUGUGCAUCUGUGCACCAGGAUUUGAAGGAGAACACUGUGAAAUUGAAACUCUAGAAUGUACCAGCAACCCUUGUCAGAAUGGAGCCGACUGCACAAAUCUGAUUGAUGAGUACUUCUGCCAAUGUCCAUCAGGAUUUAAUGGAACAAACUGUGAGAUGGAACUUGAUGAAUGUAGCAGUAAUCCAUGUGUAAAUGGAGCAAACUGCACAGACUUGGUAGACGGGUAUAUUUGUCAUUGUCCAGCAGGAUACACAGGUAUUCAUUGCGAGCAAGAUAUUUUGGAAUGUUCCAGUGAUCCAUGUCAGAAUGGUGCUACUUGCUUAGAGCUUGUCAAUGGAUUUGAAUGCCGAUGUGAAGAGGGCUGGGAAGGAAUGCUGUGUGAGCAAGAAAUCUUGGAAUGUUCAAGUGACCCUUGUCAGAAUGGAGGUACUUGUCUAGAUCUCAUUGGUUCUUAUCAAUGUCAGUGUGCUCCAGGUUGGACUGGUAUCAACUGUGAUACGGAAAUUCCAGAGUGUGCUAGUGACCCUUGUCUCAAUGGUGGAACCUGCCAAGAUUUAGUCAACAGCUAUGAAUGCAUAUGUGCUCCAGGAUGGAAUGGAACCAAUUGUGAAAUUGAAAUUCUUGAGUGUAGCAGCAAUCCAUGUCUAAAUGGUGCUACUUGUCAAGAGUUGAUUGGAUCAUACCAGUGUAUCUGCCCAAUGGGAUUCUCUGGCAUAAACUGUGAAACAGAGCUACCUCCUUGCACCAGCUCGCCAUGUGAGAAUGGCGGAGUUUGCUUCCAGAGUGUGGAGACUGCAGAGUACUUCUGUAUCUGUAUGCCAGGUUGGAGAGGUGUUAACUGUGAGCUCCCAAUCGAUUUGUGCUCACCAGAUGCCUGUGAAAAUGGAGCCACCUGUAACAAUUUCCAGACAUCGUAUUCCUGCACAUGUCCACCUGGAUUCUCUGGGAUGAACUGUGAAAUUGAUAUCGAUGAAUGUGUCAACCACACAUGUCUGAAUGGAGCAACGUGUGUAGAUGGAAUCAAUGGAUUUGGCUGUUCAUGUUCACCAGGAUGGACUGGGGAAUUCUGUGAAACAGAAAUCUUGGAAUGUUCAAGUGACCCUUGUCAGAAUGGAGGUACCUGUCUAGAUCUCAUUGGUUCUUAUCAAUGUCAGUGUGCUUCAGGCUGGACUGGUGUUAACUGUGAUACGGAAAUCCUGGAGUGUGCAAGCAUGCCUUGUAUGAAUGGUGCAAAUUGUACAGAGAUGAUCAACGGGUACAGCUGUGAAUGUCUGCUGGGAUGGAAUGGAACCAACUGUGAAAUGGAAAUCCUUGAAUGUUCUAGCAACCCUUGUGACAACAAUGCAACCUGUGUAGAUCUCAUUAAUGGAUAUGAGUGCAUGUGCCCUCUCGGAUGGAAUGGAACUCAUUGUGAAAUAGAAAUCAAAGAGUGUGGCAGUGAUCCUUGCCAGAAUGGAGGGACUUGUCAAGACUUCCUCGGUUUCUAUCUGUGUGAAUGUGCAGCUGGCUGGAAUGGCACAGACUGUGAGAUAGAUAUUCCAGAGUGUGAUAGUGACCCCUGUCUCAAUGGUGCGACCUGCCAAGAUUUAGUCAACAGCUAUGAAUGUAUAUGUGCUCCAGGAUGGAAUGGAACCAAUUGUGAAACUGAAAUCCUAGAAUGCAUUGGAAACGCAUGUAUGAACAAUGCCACCUGUGUUGAACUCAUUGUUGGGUAUCAAUGUUUCUGUGUGGAAGGAUGGACUGGAAUUCAUUGUGAAUUUGAUAUUCUCGAGUGUGCAAGUGAGCCUUGUCGGAAUAACGCGACAUGCAUGGAUCUGACCAAUGAGUAUCAAUGCCAAUGUGCUGCAGGUUGGACCGGAGAUCACUGUGAAUCGGAUAUCUUGGAGUGUUCCAGUGAUCCUUGUCAGAAUGGAGCUACAUGUGCAGAGGGAAUGAACGGCUAUGAUUGCAUCUGCCCUUCUGGAUUUGAAGGUGCAAACUGUGAAAUUGAUAUUGAUGAAUGUCAGCUGGAUGCUUGUCAGAACAAUGCUACAUGUGUAGAUCAAGUGGCAGGCUACUUCUGCGUCUGCCCACCUGGAUGGACAGGAACUAACUGCUCAAUCGAUGUACUUGAGUGCCUGAGUAUUCCCUGCCAGAAUGGAGGUAGCUGUGAAGAUCUUCUCAAUGGAUAUCAAUGUAUGUGUACUGACGGAUGGACUGGCACAAACUGCGAAACUGAAAUUCGUGAGUGUGCAAGCAUGCCAUGUCAGAAUGGUGGCACAUGUGUUGAAAUGAUCAACGGUUACAUGUGCAUAUGUGCUCCUGGAUGGGAGGGGGAUAACUGUGAUAUAGCUACCAAUCUUUGUGAUCCUGAUCCUUGUCUGAAUGGUGCUACUUGUAUGAACUUCCAGACCUCCUAUAACUGUACAUGUCCAGAGGGUUUCAUAGGAGAUAACUGUGAAGAGUAUGCUGGCUGUGAUAGUAACCCUUGUCAGAAUGGAGCAACUUGCACACAGGAAGAAGACUUUUACACUUGUCAAUGUCCUCUUGGCUAUGAAGGAACCAAUUGUGAAACGGAAAUCAACCUGUGUGACUCUGAUCCCUGUCAGAAUGGAGCCACCUGUUCUAACUUCAGGACAUCAUACACCUGUACAUGCCCUGAAGGAUUUGGUGGUGAAAACUGCGAAAUUUAUGCUGGAUGUAGUAGUAACCCAUGCGAGAAUGAUGGUACAUGUCUUCAAGCAUUCAAUUUCUACAUCUGCCAGUGUGCACCGGGUUACCGAGGAAUGAACUGUGAACAAGAGGUGAAUCUAUGUGAUCCGAACCCAUGUGAGAACAUGGCAGUGUGUACUAACUUCAGGGUAUCCUAUACCUGUGACUGUCUGCCUGGAUUUACUGGAGUCAACUGUCAAGAUUACAUUGGAUGCGACAGUGAUCCCUGUCUGAAUGGAGCUACCUGUGCUGUGCUCAACGAUACCUACACAUGUACUUGUCCUGCUGGAUACACUGGAGUCAUGUGUGAAACAGAAAUCAACCUGUGUGACUCCGAUCCCUGUCAGAACGGAGCCACCUGUUCUAACUUCAGGACAUCAUACACCUGUGCAUGCCCUGAAGGUUACACAGGUGUCAACUGUGAACUUUAUAACGGAUGCAGUAGUGAUCCUUGUAUGAAUGGAGCUGGAUGUCUACAGAGUUCUGAUAGCUACACAUGCAUCUGUCUACCAGGCUAUCAAGGCCAACUUUGUGAAGAAGAAAUCAACCUUUGUGGCCCUGAUCCCUGUCAGAACGGAGCCACUUGCUCUAACUUCAGGACGUCGUAUACCUGUACAUGCCCUGAAGGAUACACAGGUCUUGACUGUGAAGUAUAUGAUGGCUGUGGCAGCAACCCAUGCCAGAAUGAUGCUACUUGCAUGCAGCUUAAUGACACUUUCCAGUGUAUCUGUGCAGAUGGCUUUGGUGGGGAUUUCUGUGAGAAUUUUACUGCGUGCAGUAGUAACCCUUGUUUGAAUGGUGCCUCCUGUGCUCAGCUUUCAAAUAACACUUAUAAAUGUAUGUGUGCACCUGGCUACAACGGCUUGAUGUGUCGGAACGAAAUCAACCUAUGCGACCCAGAUCCGUGUCAGAAUGGAGCCACCUGUUCUAAUUUCCGCACGUCGUAUAACUGUACAUGCCCUGAAGUUUAUUCUGGUGUCAACUGUGAAGUAUACUCUGGUUGUGAGAGCAAUCCAUGCCUGAAUGGGGCCACCUGCAGUCAACAGAAUGACACAUACACCUGUACCUGUGCCAGCGGAUAUGUUGGAAUGCUAUGUGAAAUCGAACUUGAUGGUUGUGAUCCUAACCCUUGUGAGAAUGGAGCUACCUGUAUGGACCUCCUGGGAGACUACAACUGUACCUGUGAACCAGGAUGGAAGGGAAUCAACUGUACUGAAGAGUUUGAUGCGUGUGGUGGUGACCCCUGUCAGAAUGGAGCUACUUGUACCAAUAUCCUCAGCUCCUACAACUGCUCCUGUUCUCCUGGAUAUGAAGGCAUGGACUGUGAAAAUGAAAUAAACUUGUGUGAUCCUGACCCAUGUUUGAAUGGAGCAAACUGCUCUAACUUCAGGACAUCGUUUGACUGUGCUUGCCCAACUGGCUACCAGGGAAUGAUAUGCGAAGUAUAUGCAGGUUGUGCAAGCGAUCCUUGUCUGAAUGGAGCCAUGUGCAGUGAAGGAAAUGACUCAUUCAGUUGUCUCUGUGCAUCUGGAUAUGAAGGAGAUCUCUGUGAAAAUGCUAUUGACUUGUGUGAAUCGGAUCCAUGUUUGAAUGGCGCCACUUGCACAAACUUUCAGACUUCCUACAACUGCACUUGCCCUCCGGCAUUCACAGGAGACAAUUGUGAAGUUUACAUUGGAUGUUCCAGUAACCCAUGUCAGAAUGGCGCCAGCUGUUCAGAGAAUGUAGACAAUACCUUCACGUGUAUUUGUCCACCAGGCUAUGAAGGAGAAUUCUGUGAACAAGAAAUCAACCUGUGUGACUCUGAUCCCUGUCAGAAUGGGGCCACCUGCUCUAACUUCAUGACAUUGUAUAUCUGUACAUGCCCUGAAGGAUACACUGGUGUCAACUGUGAAGUGUAUUCUGGAUGUGAUAGUGACCCCUGCCAGAAUGAAGGGACAUGCUUUCAAGCAAAUGAUUUCUAUAUCUGUCAGUGUGCUCCAGGAUAUAGAGGAUUCAACUGUGAAGAAGAGGUGAAUCUAUGUGAUCUGAACCUAUGUGAGAACAUGGCAGUGUGUACUAACUUCAGGAUCUCCUAUACAUGCGAUUGUCUGCCAGGAUUCACUGGAGUCAACUGUCAAGAUUAUGUUGGUUGUGUCAGCAGCCCUUGCCAGAAUGGAGCAACAUGUGCAGUGUUCAACAAUACCUACUCCUGUGCGUGUGUACCUGGCUUCACUAGCUCCAUGUGCGAAACAGCAAUCGAUCUAUGUGAGCCCGACCCCUGUCAGAAUGGAGCUACAUGUACAAACUUCCAGACAUCAUAUACAUGUGACUGCCCAAUUGGAUACACAGGCAUGAAUUGUGAAGUGUAUUCUGGAUGCAACAGUGACCCCUGUCAGAAUGGAGCAACAUGUCAGCAAGACAAUGAAUCCUAUGCCUGUAUCUGUUUACCGGGAUACCAAGGAGUAUUGUGUGAAGAAGAAAUCAAUCUCUGCAACCCUGAUCCUUGUGUGAAUGGUGCCACAUGCUCCAACUUUAGGACAUCUUAUAACUGUACCUGUGUGAUGGGCUUUGUAGGAGAAAACUGUCAAGAUUACGCUGGUUGCGACAGUGAUCCUUGUCAGAAUGGAGCCACCUGUAUGAACUCCAACUCUUCUUACACUUGCGUUUGUCCAGAAGGAUUCUCUGGAGUAUUGUGUCAAGACUACGUUGGGUGUGACAGCAACCCAUGCAUGAACGGAGCCACAUGUACACAGCAACCCAACAACACGUACACAUGUGACUGUCCUCCUGGAUACCAAGGAAUCAUUUGUGAAACAGAAAUCGACCUAUGUGACCCAGAUCCCUGCCAGAAUGGAGCAAACUGUUCCAAUUUCAGGACUAAUUACACCUGUGAUUGCCCCAUAGGCUUCACUGGAAUGGACUGUGAAACAUACUCUGGAUGUGCAAGUGACCCCUGUCAGAAUGGAGCAACUUGCGGUCAGAAUAUAGACAACACAUACACAUGUACAUGCCCUCCAGGAUAUGUUGGAGUUUUCUGUGAAACUGAACUUGAUGGUUGUGAUCCUAACCCUUGUGACAAUGGAGCUACCUGUAUGAACCUCCUGGGAGACUACAACUGUACCUGUGCAGCAGGAUGGAAGGGAAUCAAUUGCUCAGAAGAAUUCAAUGCAUGUGGCAGUGACCCGUGUCAGAAUGGAGCUAACUGUACCAACGUCCUCAACUCCUACACAUGCACAUGUCCACCAGGAUACUUUGGAAUGGACUGUGAAAAUGUUGAAAAUGCAUGUGAUGGUAACGGAUGUCUUAAUGGUGCCACUUGCAAUGAUUUCAUCACCUUCUACACCUGCACAUGCCCAAUAGACUAUACUGGAGAGAACUGCGAGACGGAACUAGAUGCUUGUGAUCCUGACCCAUGUCAGAAUGGAGCAACAUGCAACAAUUUCUUUACUUCCUACAACUGUACCUGCCCUCCUGGGUAUGAUGGCACCAACUGUGAGAUAGAUGUGGAUGCAUGUGACCCUGACUUGUGUAUGAAUGGAGCAACCUGUGUGAAUAACAUCAGCAACUACACCUGUGUCUGCGCUCCAGGAUGGACAGGAGUCAACUGUGAAACAAGAUUGUUUGCAUGUGAGUCGGACCCAUGUCUGAACGGAGCUACCUGUAAUGAAUUCAACUCAUUCUAUGUGUGUACUUGCCCACUCGGGUAUACAGGCAACAACUGUGAAAUAGAAAUUGACCCCUGUAACUCCAGUCCGUGUGAGAAUGGUGCAACUUGUAACAACAUGAUAACCAACUACAUCUGUGACUGCGCUGUUGGUUAUGAGGGAGUCCACUGUGAAUCAGUAACGGACAACUGUUUAAGUGAUCCAUGUCAAAAUGGUGCUUUCUGUUUAAAUCAAGUUGGAUUGGUCAUCUGUGUCUGCCAGCCAGGAUAUGAAGGCACUCAGUGUGAGACAGAUACCAAUGAGUGCUCCAGCGAUCCAUGUUUGAAUGAUGGUACCUGUACAGACUUAUCCAAUGGAUACAGUUGUCAGUGUGCCCCUGGAUAUACUGGAUUAAACUGUGAAAUAAAUACCAACGAGUGCUCCAGCGAUCCAUGUUUGAAUGGUGGUACCUGUACAGAUUUAGCUAAUGGAUACAGUUGUCAGUGUGCCCCUGGAUAUACUGGAUUUAACUGUGAAAUAAAUAACAAUGAGUGUGGUAGCGAUCCUUGUCUGAAUGGAGGUACGUGUAUGGAUGAUGUCAAUAGUCAUACUUGCAUCUGUGCACCAGGAUAUACAGGAUCUAACUGUGAGACUGAUAUUGAUGAGUGUGCAAACAAUCCUUGUUUGAAUGGAGCCACGUGCAUAGACAUGAUCAAUGGCUUCAUGUGUAUGUGUGUACCAGGCUAUGAAGGUACAUUCUGUGAGACAGAUAUCAAUGAAUGUGCAUCAAACCCAUGUGAGAACGGUGCCAUGUGCCAGAACCUUAUCAAUCAGUUCUUUUGUGUGUGUCCCAACGGAUUCACUGGGCUGAGAUGUGAGGAAGAAAACGAUUGCAUCCAGUCGGUCGACAUUCCGGUGAAUGGAGCAUAUGAGAUAUUCUCUCCAAACUACCCCAAUGAAUACAGCAGCCGUCGCUUCUGUCGCUGGCUGAUCAGGAUCUCUGAGCCACGUAGGAUGCGCCGGAUCUCUGAGCCACUUAGGAUGCGUCUGAUCUUCACAGACUUCAGUACCCGCGAGGGAUUGGACUUCCUUGAGGCUGGCAACGGACAGGACCCCAAUGACCGAAAUUCUUUGGUGGUACGUGCCUCAGGAAGCACCAUCCCAUCCAACUUUGACUCCACGUCAACUGGUUUGUGGGUUGUAUUCACUUCUGGAGAAGAGACAGGUGAUUUCACAGCCAGGGGCUUCUCAAUCAAGAUCAUGGAUGAGGCAUUGGCAUACAACUGUAAUGGUUUCCCCUGUCUCCAUGGCUCAGACUGUACCCAGACUGGCAAUGGCAUCAAUGAUUUCAUGUGCUAUUGCAUAGCUGGGUGGUAUGGAACCCUUUGUGAGAAUGAGAUCCCUGUUGGUGCAAAUCCAUGUGACUAUGAUCAGUGCGAGAAUGGCGCCACUUGUGAGGCAAGUGGGACCAGCUAUCUAUGUAACUGUGCACCAGGCUUCCAAGGCAGAUACUGUGAAGAGGUGAUGCCUGAUGCCUGUGCCACCGCCCCAUGUCAGAAUGGAGCUCUAUGUGUCAGCCAAGGAAGCCAGUACACCUGUCAAUGUAACGCAGGAUAUACAGGAACUUACUGUGAAAUAAAUAUCCAAGAGUGCAACAGCAAUCCUUGUUUGAAUGGAGGCCAGUGUAUUGAUGACAUCAAUGGAUACAUCUGUGUCUGUGUUAAUGGCUUUACCGGUGUUCACUGUCAAAUAGCACCACCUGAUCCAUGCGCAGAUAAUCUCUGCUUCAAUGGAGCUACCUGUGUACAAGAUGGCUUCACUGCAUAUAUCUGUAUAUGCAUGGAUGGAUUCUUUGGGGAACUCUGCCAAUUUGGGAGUUCAUGUUCUAGUGACCCGUGUCUGAAUGGAGCAACCUGUGUCGAUGUGAGCAACUUUGAAUAUGAAUGCUUUUGUUCACCCGGCUAUACUGGAUCAAGAUGUGAACAAGAAAUUGAAGUCGAUCCUUGUGACGCCAGGCCUUGCAAGUUUGGAACAUGCAUGAACAUCGGAGAAGGAGAAUAUCGUUGCGCAUGUAAUCCCGGUUGGACUGGCACCAAUUGCAAUUUAGACAUUAAUGAGUGUGGAGAGAGCCCAUGUAAGAAUGAUGGUUCAUGCUUUAAUACACUUGGAAGCUACAGAUGUUACUGUUCCAAUGGAUACUCCGGUACAAAUUGUGACAGAGGUUUUGAAAGGCUGGUAGAUGUGGAAGAUCGUGAUAAAGCACCUUCGAGUUCUAAGUUUGCAGAUACUGGCAACCCUGAUACUGGAUCCCAGACCAAUGAUGAUACAGCAUCAGAGCUGCUGAUAGAGCCUUGGUGGAUAGCGGUCAUCUGUAUUCUUGUUGUGCUCAUCGUUAUAUUUGUUGUUGUUCUGGGCUGUCUAUGCACAAGACCAGGCGAAAAGUCUUUUGUUUAACAGCAGCUUACUGGAACUAGUUACCUGAGAUAUGCAAUACGACACAUGAGAAGGGAUGUAGUUGAUGAUAGUAGGUGACACCGAACGAAUCCAGUAAUGAAAGAUCACAAUCUCGUUGUGGUAUUAUUUAGAGCAAUACAGUAGAUGAAAAGUAUGAUAUAUCAAAGUAUCCAAUACUUUAAGAAAAUCAUACAUAUGUGCAUUUAUAUUUAUGGACGGAAAAGUUAUGAGUCAGAAGAAUUAAUAUGCAUGAUCUAUUUGGAAAUUUUGAUGUCAGAAAUAUAAUUUGACAUCGUUGAAAGGCCAAAUAUCUUUUUAACAAUAUUCAAUACCAAAUUUCUUUUUAUUCAACUCAGACAAGUUUUUUAGACGAGCUGCAAGUUAUUUUGUGUUAAUUGUUUUAUCUCUAUACAGUUCUAUUGAAUGCAAAUCUUUUCAAAUAUUUCAGCUGUUUUUCAACUGUCUUUAACUGUCCUUGCUCAUGUUUAUCUUUUAUUUUUGUUGUUUUAAUAUAUUGUUUUCACGUGUCUUUGUCAUAAUGCAUUGUACAUAAUAUGUUGUUCUCAUUUAUUCGUUCAGUUUCAAAGUAUUUAUCUAAGUUAGAAGUUCUGUCAUUUUCAAAUUAUUUUGUACCUUUACUCUAUACUUUUCUAUGUAACUGUGCGUUGUUAAUGCUAUGAUGUUCAUCCUAAUUUCUUAUUUUAGGGAUGAGUUUAAUAUAUUGAAAUCAUAACUUAUUGUAUCUUAUCUUGGUUUAUCUCAUAUUAUAAUCUUUAAGAUAGUAAAGAUUUAAAACAGAAGCACAGUAUUUAAAGGACUUUGGAUGAAACAAUAUUGUCUUUUGUGUAUUUCUGUUGUUUAUCAUUAAAUUUCACUUAUAUGUACAGGUGGAUAAAAAAAAUGUCAGAAUGUGCAAGGUGAUUUCCGAAGAAUAAUUCUUGGUGGGAAAGUGGGGAUUUCUGGCUUCAUUCAAUUUUCAAUUAAAAAUGUAAAUAUUCAACUCAGUACUUGUAGAUAAAUAAAUGUAUUUCAUUUUAUUUAUUAAGCCAGUAUAUAUUUCGUUAUGGAUGACUAAUUUUAUAAAAUACAAUAAAAGGUUCAUGGAAUCUUCAACACUAAUUUUUCUUGAACAAUGGGAUUAAUGCUUAGCAUAUGCAUCCUGUGAAGGGGUUUGAUUAUGAGAUAGCCAGCAACAUACACUGUCAUUCGAAUAAAUUCGGAUUGUGGACCUGAUUUUAAUUAUUCAUUCAGCAAUAAUUACAAACUAGUCAGUACAUAUGCAGAUAGUAGUGAAUGUAGAAAACAAUCAGUUUCUUACAUUCAACAUUCCACUCUUCUUAUAUUGUAUAUUAAGACUGCUUUUGGUGCUACAGUUUGACUUGAAUAGCAAUGUGAUGGUAUCCAAUUUAGUUUCCAAGUACGUACAUGUAGUUUUAGAUAACCAAUUUAAUUUCUAUGUAUUGUAGGCAUUUUUGUUAUUGUUAAUGUGCAUAAUAUAAUGAAGUGGACUUAGUGAUUAUAAUUUUUACUAUUAUGUAAAAUCAGUUUUUGUACAUUGUAUUUUCCUUUUUCAUAUUUUUAUACAUAUAAGCAUAUUUAAUAAAUGAUACGAAACCUAUUGGCUACAUGAA